ACUCUCCGCGCGGCUCGCUUCACGUCACGCCGCGCCCCGCGCGCCGUCCCUGCCUCCGGGCCAAUCACACGCGGAGAAGGUUACCGGCCUAUUUCCACCCCUCCCUCUCUCCCUCCCUCCCUCCCCCUUCCCACAGCCUCUCUCUUUCGCCUGAGCGGAGGGGAGGAGAUAGUGCGCGAGGCGUUUUUCGGGGAGGGGGGAGAGGGGGCGAGUCUCCAGGCGUCGACCAAUAUCUUCCGCCGCCGGGGGAGGGACUUCCGCCCGGAGCCGGAAGCGGGGCUCGUGGGUCUCCCUGGCGCUCUCUCUCUCUUUCCCUCGCGCUCCGUCUCUCUCUCUCUGUCUCUCCCUCUCAUAUGCGAGCGAAUUGUCUCCGCUGCUUCUUGGCGCCCAGAAGCCCCGGGGCCCGGACACCCGCCGCCGCCGCCGCUCUCUCUUCCUCCUCCCGCCUCUCCGCGCCCUUCCCUCCCCGCUUGUCGCUCCUCCUCCUCCCCGCCGCCGCCGCCGCCGCCACUCCUCCUCCCCCGCCUGGGCCCCGCUGCCGCCCCCCGCCGCCCUCUCUCUCCGUCUUUCUCUUUCUCUCUCUCUCACCCCUUCCUGGGAUUCGGCAGCGGCGGCGGCGGAGGAAGAACGAGAAGGAGGCGGCGGCGGGAGACGAAGACGGAGGCCGAGAGGAGAAGCAGCAGCGGCGGCGGCGGCAGCGAAGGAUCCCUCAGGCCGGCCUCCGAGCGCGAUCCCUCCCGGCCCGCCGGGGCCUUGCUGGCUGUUGGCUUGACAGGUGAGUGGAGGCCGCGUUCAGUAGCAGUCAAGUGGCAGCAGCAGGGCCGCCGCCGCCGCCGCUUCCUCCCGUCACCGCCCCGAGCCGCCGCCAUUUUCUCACCCGAGGCCGCUCGCGGUGGGGGGCGGGGCUGGCCGCUGCAGGGAACUGGCCCCGGUUUCGUGGCCUUGCUCCUGUCGGGAGCUCCGCACUGCGUCGGCUUGGGCCUGCUCGCCGGGAGGGAAGCGCUGGGCCCGGCGGCGGCAUCUUCACGUGUUUCGUUUCGUUUCCUUCUCCCUCCUACACCCUCGGAUUUGGUGUUGGGGGCGGAGAGAAGGAAGGAGAGAUCGCCCUUUUAAGUUGAUCCCAAGCUGGCCGAAAACGGAGGACACCCCACCCCCAUUGGGGACCCGCCCCAAGCGGCAAGCCAAAGCUCCCCCUCGCUUCGUUUCCCCAAGCUCCCCCCAAACCCCCACCGCCAUAGUCCUCCUUGACUCACACCCUUAUCUAAAGUUAGGAAUUCAAACACACACGCCCUUCUUCCAUACUUGUAAUGGGUAUGAUUUAAGUGUGACAGGAGGGUGGCUUUCUACUGCUUUCCCAGCGUCUCCGGGCCGUGAUUUUGAUCAUUUGGCGACUUUUGCCGAACUUUAAAGCAGGCAGUGAGUUUGCUGCAGUUCAGUUGAACGCGGGGGUCUAGGGGGGUCUUGUGUCUAAAUGGUUGGCUCUCUGUAGCUCUGCAUUUGAAAACAUGGUGUGAGAUCGUCUGGGUCUGAAGUUCAGUAGCUGAGAAGGUGGGAGUCUGAGUCUUCCUGAUGGACUGAGGAAAUAUGUCAGUUCAGUGUACUCACUGCGAUGAAGUGGAUUGUGUGCUGCUGCUGCUUUUCUUUUUCUUGCAAGUGCCAUACUUUUUGUGCUAUUUAUCCUAACCUAAGAGUGAAUGAGUUUUGGAACGCUUAUGUUAUGAUGAUACUUCAUAACUGCUCCAUUCCUGCCAACUUUCAUCACUGCACAACCAACUCAGCCUUUUGCUGCUGAGGAUACUGUGUACUGUAUAAGAGCUGUAAUAACAAAGCCAUUUAAUAGCCACUCUGAUAGGUUUCCUGUUACGCCAUUUCUGGUUUCACUCUAGUUUCUCUAAUUUAGCCAUUUCAGGUGGCAACUUAGGUCUGCGUUGCUGGAUGCUAUUCAUUUUAAUAACAGUUUUGCCUAAUAGCAUUGAUCACUGUGAUCAAGAAACCUGUGGCCUGCCACAACUCUCAUCCCUGAUCAUUGGCAAUGGUGACUUGGAUUGCUGGGAGUUGUGGUCUUCCAGAUAUUGAUGGGCUACUUGUUUCUCUUCCAUGACCUACAGACAUUUGCUGAAAGUAAACUUUAUGCAAAUGCCUAGUCAACUGGUUACUCCUUUGAGGUUGUUGGGAGUUGUGACUUCAGCUUUUGUGUAUAGAUGUACUAACAGAGUACUUUGUUAAAAUGCUUUUUGGACAAUAGCAUGGUUGCAAUCACAAUCUAGCUUGCAAAUAUGAGAGUAGACAGUGUGUUGAAUGCGGCUCAUAGAGAGUAAACUAUAUUUUUUUCCAAGGUAUGUAAAGGAUUUCCUGUUUCGGUGUAAACAUGCUACAUUUGCAUCAUGGGAUCAUGGGGUGGAUCCAGACUAAGUUGGUUUCAUUUUGUUCUCAAUGAAAUCUGGGACAAAUUAAUAAUGACUUUACAUAUGUCCCUUUGAUUUAAGUGCCACUCAAGCCGGAUUUAGCCUUUGAGUUGGACUGCCUGUCUACACAUUCUCUGCUUUCUAUCAAUUGUGAAAGUUUAUGAAAUAGAUCCUUCUAUCACAAGGCCAGAAUUUUGGUUCAGGACCAAAGCUGCAGGGACAGCGAGAUUGAAUUUUGGCAACCUUGAGAUACAGAAGGUGAAGCCUGAAUAUUUUAGUUCUUGGUUUGUGGCUCAUAUGGUCUGGUUUUGUUGGACUUCAUCAGAAGACUAAACAAAUUUGUACUAAAAGCCUUUAGUCUGUUCAGAGAAGGGAGACUACAUGUGGCAUCAUUCCAAAGACAUUUGCAAACCACUUCAAUACAAUUCUUACUUGUCUCUUCCUUGUGUCUCCAUGACUGGUGCUCUCUUCAAACUUUUCAGUGGAACCUAGAGGCUUUCUGGGUAUCUUUGCCAAAAAAAAAGAAAAAAACCUUCAGUUUAAUGUAAAACGAUCUGCUUAUCUAUUGUUAUUAUUAUUAUUAUUAAUCACCAUUAUUAUUAUUAUCGUUACCAUCAUCAUCCCCACCCUCUCUAAUGUAAAGCUGAUAAGCUAUCUGACUGUUGGACUUAAGCAGUAAACACUUGUGCUGAAGCAUGGACAGAUCUCAUUUGUUGCACCCCCCCUUAAAAAAAACAAAAUCAGUUGACAAUCUUUUGGUUUAAUUUGUGUUUAUAUUCAUGCAAACACCAAAAUGCUGGGAAAGUAUGGCUGUUAAGGGCCACACCAUUAAGACACAUUAGGCAAUAUAUAUAUGGUAUGGUACCCUUUUAUUGUCAUCUUUCAGGCUUCACUACCUUCAAGCUGGAUGGUUCUUAGUGGCCAGGACCCUGAAGAUUGUCAGGUCCAAGCCCCUGCCACAGAUAAAGCAUUUUGAUGCAUAUUUCUUUUAGGUAGUUUAAGUGAGAGAAUGGUCAGGACGAAGAUUGCUGUUGUGCUGAUACCAGUAUAAUGUGGCAGUAGCAACAUAAUAUUGUGUAUUCCAGAUUGAGAGCAGCAUUGUGGCAAUACUUUUCUGUGGCAGGGCUCAGCUCUGUAAUAUUCAAACCAUGAACAAAAUUACCUUUGGACAUGUGUAGUGUGGAAUUUCCCUUUAAAUAAGUCACCAAAACACUGUUUGAUAUGAAAUAUUACUUCACAGGGUGUACUUUCCUUAGAAAGUUUUAAGCCCUAGUUUUGUAAAAGAGUAGAUACACCAUUUAAGAAUAGAAAAUAAUUUCUGAUGCAUGCAUAUUUACUAUACCUUUUUAUAAAACUUGCAAGUGCUAUAUCUUCUCAAGUUUUCCCCCCCUUCUGAGAAUAAGAUUAUGAUGGAUGACAGAAUUACAAUGAGACUUAAGGAAGAUAAGUACGUAUUACUUACAUAAAGUAUUGUCCAAUCUUUCAUAUACAUUGUACUUCCUUAGUUACUUUAAAGACAAGAGUUUUCUAAGGGGACAAUGAUACUAACGCUACAGUAUCAUGGAGAACACUACUCUUGAGUUGUGUUCAGCUGAGUAAUUGGAAUUAAUGUGUCUUAAAUUAUGUCUGCUAAUUUCAGUAGGACACCUCUUAGUUUGACUUAACUUGGACACGACCCUUUGCCGUAACCCCAUAUAGUUUGCAUAUAGUUACAAAGCAGUAAAGCCUGACUCCUUCCUAUGCCAUAAACUGAUAGGUAAUUAGGAAAAAAGUGCUUUCUUUUUUUCUCAUUCUGCACUUUUCAGAAAUAUUAGCCUACCAUACAGGAUUUUUGUUUCAGGAUUGUAAAACCAGCCCAUGUGUAGGAGAUGUACAGAACAGAAGGGUUAAGAAUAGAAUUUAGAAUAAAAUUUAUUAUUUAUACCCUGCCCAUCUGGCUGGGUUUGCUUCCCUUGUGGCUGUCCUGUGCUAGGAGAGGGUUAGAGUAAAUGACCUCCAAGGUCCCUUCCAACUCAUAUAAUCCUUUGUGGAUAUAUGAUUGGUUGCCAGGUGGGUACUUAUAACCUGGAACAGUAGCUCAGUUGCAUAGACUCCCAUGUUUCUAGUUCAGUGAAUAAACAGAUCUGAGACAUGGGUCUACUCCUCUGUCACUGAAAGCCAUCCAACUCCAAGAUAUGGUGAAGCUUGAAAUAAAUCAUAGGAUACCAUACCAUAUUGCCUAAAUAAUGCAUCUGUUGAGGGUUUGGCCCCUUACAUUUGCACUUGCCUGAGUGAACAUGGAACACCCUGGUGGCUACUGUUGGUUGAAUUCGAUUAAAUUUUGAGAAACCUAUACCUGCAACUCUCUGAUCAAGCAACUUGUAAUUGAGCAUGAGAAACUGACGGGAAAAGGAAAGGAAGCAAUAUGACAGCACCCCAAUUUCGAAAUAUAAGACAUCACCUAAAAUUUACAUUACACCUAUCUGGGGUUAAUUUGUUAAGUGAAAAAUGCAGAGUAACCAAAUCAGAUGUGGGAAGAGAUACAUGUCCAAGUAGAAAUUGUUCAGAUGCAUUUGUAGCAAGUAUUUGGGAAAGCUGUACUUGUAGAAUUUCUGCCUGGAUAUUCACUUCAUAAUGCUGUGAUGGAGCUCCACACAUUUAUAGAUGCCAGGCAGAAAUUCUUAGGUGAGUACAUCACAAGUGUUGGGAGAAGGUGUACCUGUAGAAUUACAGGUUUCAUGUUUAAUACACAUAUUAGCUGUCUGUAUUAGUUCCCUAUUUUAGGAAGAAUUUGGUGAUCCAGAAGCUCUUAAUGCCUUCAUUCAGAAAUUUUAUUUAUUCCUGUAAUUGCUCCUCCCUGUUUCCUUUCACUCUUAACUUCUGUCUUAUAUUCUCCUCCCAAACUGGCACUUCCUCUCAUCCCUGUCCUGAAUUAAAGAAUUUCCUGGGAAAUUACUGGUGCUAAACUGCAGGAGAGAUAACACAAAAUAUUUAGGACAAUUCUUGAUAAUAGAGUAAUGGUUACUUUUACUAACCAUUUUGGCUUUUAUUUUAAAUCUUAGGUGAUAAAGAGUACUGAUUUUGUUAAAUAGCAGUAAUAUUACAUGGUAUUGCCCCAAAACUCUGGUACAAGCAAAGUCAUUAAAAGUUGCUUGUUUUACUUGGCUCCAAAUCGGAGAGUUUAAAAAAGGUUUGGGCUCUUAUGUUAUGUUUUAUGGUUGAGGAUAUUUUAAUGAAUACUUCCUGGUUCAAUGCUGCUGGACUAUUAAUUGUUUCUAAUGAAAUACAGCAACUGAGAUUUCAUCCCUCUUUCCAAAUAUAUUGUUCCUUUUUCUAGAUGUCUGCUUUAGCCUGUUGAUACCCAUAAUUAUUUUUUUCCUACUUGACAAACAUGGGAAGCCUCUUCAACCCUUAAAGUGAGCAAUGGCUAUCUAUUCUAUCAGUACAGGAACUAUGGUGACUACCAGUGUUAGAAAUAAGUCAGGCGCAUUUUGCAACUCACGCGUAUGCAAUUGUAACCACAUGGAGAUCUCUGGGUGCCUGGUUGGCGACGGGAAAGCAAAAUGUCACUUAGAGAAGGAUCUGAAAUCUUUUAAUUGAAGCUUGAAUUUGUUUUAUUCUGGAUUAUUUUAUUUGAUCUUUUAAUGUGUUGUAAACCACUUUGAGAUUUGCUCUUUAAAAAGUAAAGCGGUGCAGAAAUGCUGCUGCUGCUGCUGCUGACAAUGAUAAUAACAAUUAAUAAAUAAUAAGUGCAUUUAAAAAUGCAUUUAAAAAUUGCAGCAACUGUAACCCAUCUGUAAGGUACCAUUUAGCGAUUAUAUAUUUCUAACAUUGCUGACUAGGUAGCGGGGGUAUUGUUUGAUUCAGGCUCUGUGAUGGAGGCCAAAUUUGGCUGUAAACAACAGAAGUACAUGGGUGCAAUUCGAUUUGUUUUGUUGGAAAUUUAAAAUGUAAGAGUUAUUUGUGAAGGACUAUAGUUCAGAACAUCUGCUUUGUAUGCAGAUUCAAUCCCUGGCAUUUCCAGUAGGACUGAAAAUUCCUCUGUGCUUGAAACCCUGCAGAACCAGGUCCAAUCAGCAUAGACAAUACUGAGCUGGAUGGACCAGUGGUCUGGCUUGGUAUAAAGCAGCUUCCUAUAUUCCCAUGUCUUAAGUAAAGCAUAUUACAGUCAUACUUUGGUUUCCAAACAGCUUAGCUCUCGAAUGUUUUGGCUCCUGAACGCUGCAAACCCAGAAGUGACUGUUCUGGUCUGUGAACUAUUUUUUGGAAGCCGAAUGUCCAAUGGGGCUUCCAUGGCUUCCGAUUGGCUGCAGGAGCUUUGGUUUCCGAACGUUUUGGAAGUUGAACGGACUUGCAGGAUGGAUUUUGUUUGACUUCCAAGGUACGACUGUAGUAUGAAUAUCUUUUCUUAUGGACCUGGCAAAAUAAAACAAGUAAAAGUGAAUAACGCAGUGAAUAUUAUGUGAUUUCAAAAUAUUGUUUGUGAUUCAAAGAGCUGAUUAGGCUCAUGCAAACAGAUUGUUUUGGCCUUCUGUUUUGUUUUUUACUUUCACUGGUUAACCCCAUGCCUUGUUAAAAAUGUAUUUUGAAGUUUGCUAUAUAGUAUGGUGGGAGUGAUGUUUGUGGGGAGAAGUCUAAAGUUUCCUUUCUUUGGCUUCUUGUUACACCUUCAAGUCAUAGUUGAACAAAAAUUCAUCUGCUGUUCGGAUUGCUAUAGUUUUACUCUUUGAGAGCUGCUCUGUGUAAAUGCAAGUGUUGGGUCAUCGUGCUUAAAUCACUUGACUGCUGAAACUGUUGCUACACCAAGAUGGAAUCCAGAGUUACAAAAUGGGAAAUGCAGGCUGGGAAGAGUGGCAUGAGGAUCUUUGGCAAUCAUGAUUUAUUUAUAAAUACAUGCUUGCACAGAACGGAUGUGCAUGGCUUGUAUUGGCCUUAAGUGGCAGGCAAGCUAGAGCAUUUGAGAAAAUAGGCUGAAAUUCUGCUUCAGUAUGUGUGACACUGGGAGCAAGUACGUGAAACAUGAACAGUCAUCGGUGGUGGCAAACUAAUUACCAGAAAUACUUAACAGAGGAAGCUGUCUUUAAACGUUAGACUUCUAAGGUAUGUGUAAUUGAGAGAACGUAUGUGUCACCCAAACUAAAACUUGGUUUAGCUUUUGACAAAACAUGUUAGUCAAAUGCAUAACACAUGGAGCACUGUUUUCCAAACUUGAAGUCUAUGAAAACAUCCAAUUGUGCAACUUGUAUGCUAAAUUAUAAAUGUUGGUCCAGGCUACUGCCUCUCCUGUACAAAAGUCUACGUAAGUUUAGCACAAGCUAGAAAUUUUGUCUUUUCAUAUGCACAGUAAUGUCAGCUUUAUAUACUCUGUAAUCAGACUGUCUAGAGUAAGGUUCUGUAAUACUAAAAUUUAACCUGAUUGAAACAGGCAAAACUAGAAUUCUGAACAUGUAUGAACGUUAUUUAACACUUGUAUAAAGGAUCACUUUGUGUGUGCUUUUAAUUGUGGCAUUGCCUUAGGUGCCUCUAAUGAAAAUUUAUACAAUAAAUGAGUUGUUCAAAAAAUCAAAAGCCACACUUGUAACUUGGUAGGCAAAUCUGAGCAUGGCAGAUCAAAAGUCAGACCAGUGGUGACCCUGUUCAUUUUAAGUUUACAUCUAUACUUUCAGGAAGUUGCUCUGAUUUAUUGGCUACAGCAUGAUUUUGCUGCUCUGGUGUGCUGCAUGGCCAAAUGAUCUGCAAUGGACAUACUAAGCUCAAACUUUGAGAACAAGCUGUAUAAGCCAGCGUAAGAAAUUGGUGCAGAUUUUAGUUGACUAACAUAAAUUACGUUUCGGAGCCUGAAAGUUAGACAGCCUUUUAUAGUAGGCUUACUGGUAUUUCAGAGACACAUUGUUAAAAUUCUGUAGUGCAUAUAAAUCUGGAUAGGUAACUUGAACACUCUUUUGACCCACCAUUCAUGUUUUCUUGCUAUUGUGUCAUCCCUGCAGUUCUCCAGCUUCCUUUUCGUAUUUUCCCUCUUUAAACCAAGAAGCAAAAUGAGCCUUUUCUAGUAUUGUAGAAUGAUUUCCACUGACAACACCAUUCCCUUAUGUUUAAACAGAAAAGAACAGUGAUUUCCUUGUUAGCAAAGCUGUUUAAAGCUUGACACCAGUUGCCUGCAUGGUGAGGUUCCAGCUUCAUGUCAUAAACAGCUACUUGCUGGUGAAGUAUGCUGAACUGAAUUGUAUUGAGUUGUCCUCCCCAUUCUCUCAUUGAUUAAAAUUAAAGGGCAGGGUGGUCUGAAACAGGGCCUGACCAGGUGCAUGGCCCUCUGCAACAUUUGACACUCCAUCCCUGCAGCUGGUCUUCUGCUGCCUUCCCAAAGGCAGGUAAGUGAGUUGCUGGGCUUUGGGGAGGAAGUCUGAGGGCUCUGUCAGGGUCCUAGAGUCCUCUCCCCUCUUUCCCAAAGCUCAGUUAGCACUUCCCCAGCUUUGGGAAGGAGAUAGGAGGCCUCUAGGACCCUGCCAGAGUCUUGUGCCACUUUCUCAAAAAAAAACAGUGACUGACUCACUUACCCAGCUUUGGGAAGGCUGGGGGAGGGGCUCACUUCUCCCCCCACCCCACCCCCAACAAGCCAGUGUGCAGCCUGCAGGUUCCAUGUAAGAGAACUCAUGAGGCUCACUUGGUAUGAAAAUAGAUAUAGGGAUUUAGAUUUAGAACCCAUCACUCCACAUCCUUAAUGACUACUUGAUGUGUGAUACAAAACUUUCAUUACUUCAUAAGCUGACAGUUGUUGCCACCAUUGUGCUCCAUGAACACUGCAAUACAUUUAGCAACAAAUAAAGGACAGGCUUUUCCUUGGCAGUGAAAAACAAAGAGCUCAAGAUUUCCUAAAGGCUACUUAAAGCAACUGUCAGAAAGAUCUUGCUAGUCAGUAGUGUGUGAGCUCAGGCAGGCAAUCUGUAAAUGGACAGGGCCUUAGCAUAACUGGAAAUACUGUGGUUGCAUGUUGAAAACUCAGUUUCAGAUACUUGGUAUUAUAACUAGUCUGUCAACCUCAGUUGACCCAGAACAGCUUGAUUAGCCUAACUAACCAACCCUCUCCUAGCAUGCUACGAGGUUCAGUCACUUCUCAGUGCAUUAGUGAAAAAGGUAUACAAAUGUAACUAAAAUUUGUUUCCAGAAAGGAAAUUGUUGCAUCCUGCUUGGAGGGUAAAGUAAUUGUCUUGGAGGAUGAUAUGCUUCCUAGUUUGCUAUUUAUCUCCAUAAAAUAAUUUCCAACCAGUUUUUAGUACAGUGGUACAUCGGGUUAAGUACUUAAUUCGUUCCGGAGGUCCGUUCUUAACCUGAAACUGUUCUUAACCUGAAGCACCACUUUAGCUAAUGGGGCUUCCUGCUGCUGCCGCGCCGCUAGAGCACGAUUUCUGUUCUCAUCCUGAAGCAAAGUUCUUAACCCGAGGUACUAUUUCUGGUCUGUAACCUGAAGUGUAUGUAACCUGAAGCGUAUGUAACCCAAGGUACCACUAUAUAGGAACUUUAAAAUGCAGUCCAUCUAGUACAUGGGUAGGGAAGUUUUUCGGUUUCACGGAUCAGAUCCUGCUGGAACAGGAUUGCACAGCCAAUGCAGGAUUAAACUCUUUGCUCACAUUUACAAGCCGACGUCACCAGUGAUGUCUGCUGGUGCAGAGGUGCUUUUGGGAAAAUGACCUCAUGGGUGAAAUUGUACCCUCUAGCAGACCAAGAUUCUCCCCCAAACCUGGAGGUUCCCUGGCUGUGAUCUAGCAGAACAUUAUAGUUUGAACUUUAGGUGCGGUGCUAAUAGCAGCAAGGCACUUUUUAUGUUUUUAGCUUUAGGAAACCCCAGAUGAGCAGGCAAUCAUUUGAAGUGUAGCAUGUUAGUAAUGGCAAGAUACUUGUUUGAAAAGCAAGUAAUUCAUGACAUCCUGCCAAGCCAUGGUGCAAAUGUUUGCUACAAUGGUCAUAAUUAAUCAUUCCAUAGACAAUUGAUAUACCACUUCUUUUUUACCCAAGGCAUUAAUAGAAGCAAAGCCUACCCUGUUUGUAUUGCCACACGCUGCUCAUCAAUAUGCUAUUCCUUAACGUGAGUUCAAGCUGCUUAAAGUCACACCCUUAUUUCAAAACCCAGUAAGGCUCAAGAGCUAAUUAUGCUAUCACAUUAAAAGACCAGUUCUACCUUUGAAGUCCAGCUAUUCCUCAGAGUGCCUUUUUAUCAUCUUUGUCUGCUAUACCUGCUGUGACUCUACCUGACUGGAAGUACACUGGCCACAGUUACCUAUACCCCAGUAACUUCUUGUUAAGCCUCGCUGUGUUUUGUAAUUAGGGCUGCCUUUGAAAAUAGCCUGCAACCUAACUCGUCCAAAGUAUGACUGCAAGCUGCAGCUGGGAGAUUUCGAUCAUAUUCAUACCAGUGCUUUAUCAAGUGCACUGGCUCCAGUCCAUUAUGAGGCCAAAUUAAAGAGGGCACCUGAAAGAUUGCUGCCUUCCACAUGUACUGACCUGAAUGUUAAUGUCCUCUUCACAGACCUUCUUUUGGUGCCCCUGCCAAAUAGGCGAGCAGGAUGACUAGUGGUGAGUCAGUGGGCCUCCUUGGUGCUGGCAACCCAGUUGUAGAAUGCCCUCCCUGAUGAGGCUUGCCUGGCACUGCCUUUUUGGUCACUUUGGUGCCAGGGGAAUACUAGUUUAGAAGUUUGUACAUUGUAACACACUGUUUACUUGCUUCAUGUUUUUAUCCAUGCUGUGAAACUGGCUUUACCUGGAACUCCUUUAGCUCUGUUUGGGCAUUGUAUUCCAAAUCAGUGUUAGAAACUCAGAUACAGUGGUACCUUGGGUUACAUACGCUUCAGGUUACAUACACUUCAGGUUACAGACUCUGCUAACCCAGAAAUAGUACCUCAGGUUAAGAACUUUGCUUCAGGAUAAGAACAGAAAUCGUGCUCUUGCGGCGCGGCGGCAGCGGGAGGCCCCAUUAGCUAAAGUGGUGCUUCAGGUUAAGAACAGUUUCAGGUUAAGAACGGACUUCCAGAACGAAUUAAGUACUUAACCUGAGGUACCACUGUAUAUAAGCUAGGUGCCAAAUGGCUCCUUAAACCAGGGUUACAGUCGCCAAUGUCUGGUUGCCAUUUUGGGUCCAGAUGGUUUUUCAAUAAGACUUUUUGGUUCCUGAAAUUCAUUCUGAUUGUACAGAUAAAAUAUGAUGGAUAGAAUUCUACAGGAUGGGGUAUAUUAGUGUGCGAAAACAGUCAGGAUCCAAGGAUCCCCUGGCAUGCACCUCCAGAUGGUGGAGACGUCAGGCACCAUCCUGGCCCCCAGGCAUCUUCACGGGGUCGCAAGUGGCUGAUAGCCAGGUGCAAAAUGUGCAUGGCACCUGGCAAAUAUCAAAUUCUGUUCCAAAUGUGUGAAGAGGCCUAUGCACCAACCACACGUAUGCAGUGAGCGCAGGAUUGGCAUUGGUCUGAUGAGGGUGCUUCUACAUACCACUCCACUUGCUUAAUUCUAUGUAGCAUCUUGCCUGCUGAAGAAAUGUAGAGAACUGACAUUUUGGUUGGUCCCAAUGAAGGUAUUGCUCAGCUGUGGAUCUUGACCUGUAAAAAACCCUCCUCUCGGGGUUCUUAUCCCUAGGUUGCAAAUACUAGGCCAGGCACCCCCAAACUCGGCCCUCCAGAUGUUUUUUGACUACAGUUCCCAUCAUCCUUGACCACUGGUCCUGUUAGCUAGGGAUGAUGGGAGUUGUAGUCCCAAAAAUUAUGGAGGGCCAAGUUUGGGGAUGCCUGCAAUAGGCGCAUAGUUGUCCCCAUUGAGGGGUAUGGCCAGCACAUUCCUUGCUGCCUAGCAACCUUUCACAUCCACUACUCCCUAUGGCCUGAGCAGGGCUCUUUUUCACUGGAGCUGUUUUAUAAUAUUAUAUUUUACUGUAACAGUGUUACUAGGUGGCCUACAUAAAUUCCAUGAAUAGAAUAAAAUGAUAACUAUAACCACACUGUGAAAUUCCUGUAUGAUGAAGUAGUAUAAUUCUACAAGGCACCAAAAAUUUCUCAUUUCUUUCUAAUUUUACACUAAAUUCUUAUAAAAGGGGAAGCAGCCUUGACUCUCAUUAAACAUCCAUGGAAUUGUUAGAAUUUUUCUGAAUGAGCAGAAAAGUAAUUCAGAAACUGGUGUGGUGAUGCUAGAGGGUAAAUGCAGAAGUUGUCCUGCCAGGUUUCCUGUUAUGCCCAGUUUUUUAAAUAUGCAGUCAAUGGGAACAAAACACUUUUAUGCUAAAAAGGGCCUAAAUUCCUGCUUCUCACACCUAAUGAAGUUUGUGAAACUCAUAUAGCUGCUUGGCCUUGCCUGGAACAAACACUAUACAUUGGCCUCACUAUGUGGUUGAACUUAGAUUAGCACUCUCAUUAACAAGUUGCAUGGCUGCCAUUGCCACCCCAUAGUGGUGGUGACUCACAGCCUCUGACUUGCAACAUAUUCUCCAGCAUGAGUCUACUACGUCAACAUUAGAAAAAUGUCCAUAAGAGAUGCUCAGAUCAUUGCUGACUGAAUUUUUGUAAACUGUUGAGCCCUGUACGUUUUCGGCAAAUUUUAAAGGUUAUUUCUGUUGUUUGGUUGUGUUUGUGAUCAUUAUUACUGAAAAGAUCUCUUGCCUCUUACACACCUUCUCCUUGCCCUGAGGCUGAUUCAAAGGAGAAGAUGGAAGUGAACUUUAAUUAGUUAUUUGCACUUGUAGCAGCUGCCAAGAAGAAAAAAGCCACCCUGGAAACUUAUUUCUUAUGGAGUUCAUCUGGGGGCUCUGCAAAACCCUUUGGGGGGGGGGCUACUGUUUGAGGGGUUGUGGGAUUCAGUUUCCUAGUACUCAGAGAGCAGCCAUUGCUUCACAUCUUCCUCAGUUGAUUCCGGGUAGCAUAGAAGAAGUUCUGCCUAAGUUUACAGCAAACUCUGUUUUAUAUUAAAGGAAGUAAACUUGUGCAGAAGAGACAUGGGUUUUGUUAACUUACAAAUCACCAACAUAGUUUUGUGAUAAAUGGUUGCCAGCUUGAGGUUUUUCUAACAUUAACAGUUAAAACCUGUGAAGAGGAAUCAUUGAUGAAAAGGCUCCUAUGCAAUGUUUACUAUAAUGUCUUUUUUGCCUCUUCAAAGUUAUGCCAAAAGGAUACCCAAAUAUUCAUUUCCUUUGGGGGUUUCUUUACUGCUUUUUAUACUUGUAACCCCAGCAUUGUGUCAGGGAACUGCAAUCAGUGCCGGAGGGAGAGAGCAAAAUCCAGAGGGAUUCCAGAGAGCGUCCCGGGGAAGAGAAUCAGCAUAGCACCAGUGGAGAAGGGGGGCAGAUGGGGGAAGCGGCGAGGCGGUCCCAUGACUCCUUGCCAGGGACCAGCGGGGAGAGUAGAGGUCCUCCGCUGCCUACGCCCUCCUUGCGCAGAAGGCUUUCGCGCAGAGAGAGUAGGAGGAGACUAGGCGUCAAAGAGCUUCUUUGCUGGAAGAAGUUUAAGAAACGCCCACUGACGGAUUCUGUCAGCGAUUGAGACAGCCACGGGUGAGUGGCUGUCCGGACAGAAAAGGUUCACUCAGGCAACUCAGCCAGGUGUUUGCACCAGCUUACGCACGAGCAACCCCUAGAACCACUACACAUUGCUAUGCUUUUUCCUGUUUUACAGUGUAGUUCUGUGCAUGUUGACUUGGAAGUUAGUUCUUCUAUAUUCAGUAGAAAUUACUUCCUUAUAAAUCUAUUAGAAUUGAAGCCUUGAGGUCUAAGUUAUGUUGAUUUUUAAGAAGUUUUGUUGUGCACUGUUUUUGUUUUAUUUUAGAAAUCUUGACUAUAGCGUAAGUGGUGUAUAAGAUAAAAACAAAAUAAAGCACAAGUUCUAAAAACAAAGCAUUUCAGCAAACUCCGAAAGCAAUGAAAUCAUUUUUACACAUUCUAAAAAUAAUAUAACAAUUUGUUCAAAUAUAUAAUUGCAUAUAGAUAUUUGGGGAUCCCUUCUGUGAAGAGGUGUUUGGUUGUUUUGUAGUCUUGGAUGGUACUGAAACAGGCAAUUUGCAGGUGUAUGUUUCAGAGAGAAAUGGGCUAGUAAUUACUUCCAUCCUGUUGACAAUGCUAUACUGAAAUAUAUAUUCAGAAUUGUCAGGCAAAUUAAUUUAAGUUCAAAAUACAAAGGUUUUUUUUGUGACAUACCUUUGAAAUUCAUAGGUAGUUACUAUAUUCUGAUUUACUAGGUUUUGGUAACUUUAGUUCCAGGAGCUGAGAGUGUUCCAGUUUGUUUUGGGGGGAAAUUAAGUGGCUUUGUUUGUGUGUUUUAAAAUCAAAGCUAUCCAUACAGCAUCAAAUUACUGAACUUUGUAACCAUAAGUAGGGUAAAUGAGUUGGAAACCGUUACAAAAUUAACAAGUUAUGUGUGGAGUUUGGUAAAGCUCAGUCUGAAGAUAAAGAAAUUGAUUCUUUGUGUUAUAGAAACUAGGACAGGAUACUUCUUGUAACAAACAUAUCAAACCCUUAACAUACAGCUAGUCAAGCUCUGUAGUUCAGUUGCAUUCCUUUCUUCUUGGUCUCAUUUGAUCUGUGUUUCAUUAAUGUGCUCAGGAUUACAGCUUCAAACCUUAGUUUCCUUAACUGCUGUAUCCAAACCGAAAGAAACACUACCUUGAAUAAAUGGAGUAAAAUGAGACCAGCUUUUACUUUAGAUGACAUCACCUGAAGAAGUUUUUUUUAAAAAAGUUAGUAGUUAGUGUGAUAGACAAUUGGGCUAAUGUGCAAUUAGUCUUGAAAAUGUUUGGUUAUGACACAGUGCAGCUCUAAUAAUUUCAGGUGUCUUAUAAUAAAAUCAGUAAGCUUAUUCCUGAAAGAUGACAUGCAGAGGUACCUCUCAGAUUAAUUGUUGUAGGCCAGGAAGAGUGUGUGCCUAUGUGUUUUGAAAAUGAAAGUUUGCUUUUGGUAUGUAUUUCAAUAUAGAAAUUAAACUUUGUAGUCCCUACACUAGUGGUGAACUCAAGUCACUUGGGCAAAAGAACUGCUGGGGAGACCUUUCUGUUGCACAUUUUCUUGUGUGCAGAGGUCUUUCCAUUUCCCUUUUGGUUUUAGCCUCCUGUGCAGCUAAAAGCACUCUGAAGGAUCUCCUGAUCCUCUGGAAUCAGUUUUGAAUGAGGGAUUAGAAGAAGAGAAAAUAAUUAUAACCCUAGCACAAGUGCAAGCACUCUCUGCUUCUGCAGCUCAGUCAUUUUGGAACUAAGACAUCAAGUUUUAAAUUUAUGAUUUUAUAAUUGAAAAACUUUAUUGUGAAAUAAAGUAUAAUAAAGUUGAACAUUAUUUAUAAAUGUAUAUAAUUCAUAAGAUAAAUAAAGUUGCAUUCUGCCAGUGAACCUAUUCAGCUUGACAUCUGGAGUUUUGUUAUGUUUCUUUCCCGUAUGUUAAUCAAACUUUUUCAGCUGGAAAGUGAUGCACUUCUCCAAAUGGGUCUAUUUUUGUGUUAAAAUUGAAAAUGUGGUUUAAAUAUUGGGUGUGAUUAAGCAGUGUUCUCUGUACUCUUUAUUAAGGUAAGCAGUUUCACAUAGUGGUGCAGGAAUCCUUCAAGAGAAAGUAUGAAUGAAAACUUUUCCAAGAGCGGGCUUUAGAGUUUUCAACAUGUUGGAAUCCUUUCGCUUGAUCAAAGCUGCAUUUUUAAAUCCUUCGUUAAUACCUCAUUUCAGGUUAUACCACCUUCCCAUGUAGUUCCUCAACAGAAACUCGCUGCUAAUGACAGUUCAGCAAAACUGAUGAGUCACCAAGCUAAUGCUUUCCAAAACAGCUUGAUUAUUAGUGUUGGGGCAUUGAGAUUUUAUGCUUAAAUGGGCAGCCGUUCUUGGUUGGAUAUUUCAAUUUAUCCCUUAUUGAGGAAGCAGAAUAGAGCAAAGCUAAACAAUGGUUGACCUGAACCUUUGAAUCGGUGCCAGAAUGCCAGUUCUAUUAUUUGCUGCCUUAGAAGUAUUGAGCAAUGAUGAAGCCCCUAGGAAAUGGCUUUACAUUGGGCAGUAGUACUUGUUGUUGAAUCUGCAGCUUGUCUUCCUGAAAUAAAUACUAUUUUAUUAGAGGAGGAAGACAUUAAGAAGGCCUUUUUCAUAAGGGACUGCAAUCAAAUUGGAUUUGGUUUAAGCAAACAUAAGAAUCGAUUUGGCAUUCUUGCUUCACUCCUGCCUUUGGCUAGUGUAUGGGGAGGAGAAUGGAGAUAGCUGGUUAUAGCAAGUUUCUUGCUUACCUUGGAGCUGAUUGCAAGGGAAAUCUUUUUUGAAAACUUUAUUUAUUUAAUUCAAGCUCGUUCAGAUCUUGUUUUCCAGAGAUCCUUGUUAGUAAGGGUUUGUCCCUGUGUUGUGAUGAAAUCGUUUUCAGUAAUUCAACUGUACAAGCCGAAGUGUCACAACACGCAGUUGGUUCCUGCAUCAUGGAUUUUACUAAAGUUGCGUAACAAUGACUUAAGAAGCAUGUAGUCCAGUUUUGUCAUGGGGUGUCUAUAAAUGGUCCUCUUCUGCAGUCACUCUGAGCCAGAGGCUUAUGAUUCUUAAGUUGGCAGGUGGUGUUAGCAUAGUUUCAGGCCCUAAAUAGCAAUCAAUGUGCUUAAUCAUAAAACACAAUGCAGUUAAGAAUAUAAAAAUAACAAUUGCCUAUCAUUCCCAAUGGCUAAUUUUUAGUAUUGGCAUCCUAAUGCAUUAUUGAUAACAAACUGGACUGGUAAUGGUUUCUUAGAAAGGACUGUGGUGGGUUAACACUGCAGCUUCCCUUCUCACCAGAUUUCAGCACCGUGUGAUGGGAGAUAAAAGCCAGGCUGCAUCAUGAAGGGUGUGAGGACACAGCCGUUCAGGAUCUUCCUGGACUUUUGUGACUUUCCAUUGGAAAUGAGGGGUAGUGUUUGCCCUAACAGUGAAGCAUGGACAGUGGAGGAAGGGUACUGUGUCAGCAGCCACUACACAGACUUCUCAAUUCAUACCAUUUUACCUUACUGUGUUUGGGCUUCCCCCAACUUUUCUAUCAUUGACAGUCCCCCCAGGAAAGGGGCAGCGGGGGGUUCAACAUAAGUUGAUCAUUAAAAGUGAACUAUGAGACCAUAUCUUUACUACUUACAAGUAAAGAAAUACUACAUCAUCCCCCAGACAAGCAGCAGCAGAUGCACAUAAACUGCCAUCACUUGUAAAACAAAAAACUGGGUCUCAUUGCCAUGCAUCAAAAGUGAUAGACACACUACAGUAAGCUGAAUUCCCCUGGGAACAUGACUCUUGAAUGAAGGUCUUAAUUUUGCACCUGGGUGCAUGUCCGAAAUGGUUGAAUGGAAGCUCAAAAUUCUUUAAUUUCUAAACUUUCAUUGAUCACUAUGGGAUAAUUUUUGUUACUGCCACUGUCUUUAUUUUAAAAGCUAUCUGAAACAUUAUAGUCUUUUCCUUAACUUUGGUGGUCUCCUAGCCACUACUCUGUGGUACAGUCAAUGAGUAUGAACAUCAGUAUGUGCUUUGUUUUUGUGUUUAAAAGAAAAAUCCUCUGGGGCUGCUUCUUGAACUUUGAACCAGGGCGACAGCCAUUAGACUUUGUCUGUUGCUAUGCACCUAGAAUGCUGAGUUGUCUUUGGCAAAACCACAAAGCUGUUGGAUUGUUCAGCUCUGUCACAGCUAUUUGUAUUGUCCAGAGCACUCUGACCGUGUUCAAUUAAAUGCAAGUCCUGUACAAAUGUGAUCCAAAAUGGAUUCUUUGUUGUUGUUGUUCUUCUUCUUGUUGUUGUUUGUUGUUGAAGGCUGCUAAAUGUAUUAUCUGGAGUAGCUUGGAAGGCCUCAUCCCUUCAGAUGAUUUACUAUAAUAUGAGAAUAUUUUAAUUAAAUACAACCAGUAAUGUGAUGAUAGGAGCUUUGCUUUGGAAGCUACUGCAAGCCUCAGCAGUGAAAAAUGUAAACUGUGGAGACAUCCAUUAGGCGUCCAAUGAUUAUGUUAUCACUAGAGUUAGACUGUCAUCUACAGAGGCUUAGCUUCUGAAGCACAGUUCUUAUUGUCACAGUACUGACGACAUCUUCAGUAAGCUGUCUUUCCUAAAAGAUAGUUUAAACCAGGGGUUGUCAAUCUGGUCCCCACCGCCCACCAGUGGGCAUUUCAGGAUACUAGGUGAGCGGUAGGAGGUUCUACGGCACAAGCUGAAUCCUCCUUCUAUAGAGUGCUGGUGGGUGGUAAGGAAAUUUUACCAUCAAGAAAGAUGCAUUAGUGGGCAGUAGGUAUCAAAAGGUUGACUACCCCUGGUUUUAACAGUUAAAUGCGUCUGUUUCCCUACCUUCUCUCUCAGCUUGAGGCCAAGGAUAAGCUAGAACUGGGGGCCCAGCCAGAUCACCAGAAGAAGCUAAUGUUCCUGCCAAGACUGAGCAUGGAAUAGAGUGGCAAUGGCUGGUGUAAAAAAUAGAGACCUCCAUCUAUUGCGUGGCACUCAGCUCUCAAAAGCUGAGUGCUGGUAGCUUAGCAUCUGUCUGAUCCUUACUUGAGGCAGGGAGGACAACUGCAGUGCCAGGUUGCUAGACGUAGAGAUGAAAAAAAAAACCUUAAACCAGUAAUUCCAGUACUAAGUGGUAGAGUGCACUAGUGUGCCAUGACAAGUUUGUUUGUUGGUAUCAUGUAGCAUAAGGUUUCCACCCACUGACCCUGAGAGGCGACUGUCUUCAGUCACUGUACUUUCUGAGUUGGGUAUGGCUUUUUCUGAGAAGCUGCCAUCAAGGUGGGUAUUUGUGUCAUUCCUUUGCAUAAAAUGGCAUUUUUUAAUGUGCAUGCCUCCAGAGGAAGGGCCCAGAACAAGUAAAUUUUUAGAAAGGAAUAGUCUUAACAUGUUUAAGGGAUGGUUGCCUAUCAUUGAUUUUAAAGGCAACCUUCAUCUUUUUUUAUUACACUGGAAAAAAUAACUCAAAAUAUUAAUUUCUGCAAUAGGCAGUUCAUGUUGUGCUACUAAUGAAUGGAGUAUAUUUUGUGAUUUUACUAUUUUAUAUGGUUUUGGUUUAUUGUACUUUUGGUUUAUUGUACCUUUAUUUGGUACUUUGAGUGCCUUUGGCACCCAAAGCAGUAUAUCAGUAAACUAUAAUGGAACACAGAUUUCCUCCAUGUAACUAACUGAACUUUGCACGAGUCUCUGACAAAUUAGGAAGUCUUAUCCAGUAACUAAGGAGCAACUUAGAAUUUUUUUUUUAGAGAAAGAAGUGAAGCCUACUCCCAAUUGCAACAACAAUGCAGGUGGGUCGUGCCCACCCCCCGGAGUCUUUAGUAAAACUGUUCUAGAUACAAUCAAAAUUAUAUAUUACAUAUCUGCGCCAUGUAAAAGUUGCAGGUGGAUUUCAGAUUUCAUCAUAGGCAGUACUUGAUUGCUGCCAGCAGUUUGUCAUGUCCUGUACAUGUCUGUACAGUUUUUUCAGCUUUGAAGAUGGAAAACUGGGUCACAACCUAUAGAAGCCCUUCCAAAAUAUCUGCUCUUACAGGAUGCUUCCGUGAUUAUGAGGAAGGAACCACACUAAGAUGUCUGUAACUCUGAACUUUUAUCCUGUUUAAUACAAUUUGCCAGCUACAGUUUUUUGUGGCCAUUUCUGAAAGCUGCCAUUUUGAAGUUUUCAUUAUUAAGUACCAUUAGCUGACAUCUGAUCCUGGAGCUUAGAACAAGCAAGCUGAAAGGCCUAGCAAAGUGGGGUUAAGUAGUAGUGACCUAGGAAAGAAGGGACUGUGGACAUGAAAGAAAGCACAGCAAAACAAGCGAUUGGAUUCAGAAGAGGCAAUUGUCCAGAGGAAAGAUGAUAAGGGUAGAGGUGGGAGAGAGAAUCAGGAUCUGAAAAAAGUGAGGAAUCACAUAUCUGAAAUACCUAGGUAGAUCUUUGACUGCAGGCCUCUUGUACAUUUAAUGUUUUAGUAGUUGUUAGUAAGGGCAGAGUGAAAAGUCUUUCCAUAUUGGCCUUAAAAUGGACAAUAAUGGUUUGUUUACAACACUGUCUUGGAAUAUGAGAGAGAGCUGAGAAAAUCUCCACCUCCUGAAUCUAAACAUUUCUUGGCUGCUGUGUAGCAGCUGAAAACAGAUGCCUGCUAGCUGUGCAAGGUGUAAUGUGGUCUGUUAAUGAUAUACAAACUGCUAACAUCAAAAGGGAGAAUAAACAGUACUCUAGUGCCGCUUCCUAUUCAGAGAUGCGCUUUCUCCCUAGGCAGAGGGUGGUGAGAAUGAAAGAGUUGCUGGCAUCUUUUCAGUAGCUUAUUAACCAAAAAAAGGCUUUGCUGGCAGGAUGUUUACCUCUGUAUAGCAAUUAUGAUAGUGAAAGGGAACAUCUUAAGUGGCAAGAGUGUGGUGUUUUGCCUGCAUCAGUUUGUCUGUCUGGUGAGAUACCUGCCUGCAGAUAGGAAUUUUAGGACUGGCUGCAGUGUGGAGUGUUGUUUGCUGGCAGAGUGGAUACAGCUGAGGUGUGGGUAUGGUCCAGAACUUGAUAUAAGGAUAGGCUCGUCCACAGAUGAUAGGGUCAACACCAAAGGAAAUGUUUCGAAGACUGACAGGCCCUGGAUUUGCUUCCUGGUGACCCAGUGAUCAGCUGAUCAGGAGAGAGAGGAAUUUAAAUUAAAUGCUGGCAGUUCACAGUCAGAUAGCGAUAGGGACUAUCUGAGAGAGUGCAGGCUGGAGAUUGUCUGUGGGUUAGAUGGGGGCCUGGAAUUAGGAAUAGAGACCCCUUCUGCCCACCCAAACAGAAAGUCCCUGACUACCUGAGUGAGGUCAGAUAGUGAACUGGCAGAAGGUAAGACGGGAUUGUCUGUGAGCAGGCAAGGUUCUAUCUACAUGAGGAGAAGGGAAAGAUUCAGAAAGGGACUGGGAGUGUUAGACAAUAGCUAUCCUAGAAAGAAUUUUAGCAGUGACAGGUUAAAAGCAUGAAGUUACUUAAGAAAGAUCUUAAAUAUCUCUGUAAAGGGUAUUCAUUUGAAACAAAGUGUUGUGCCUUUCAAAAGUAACAAUUAAGCUUUAACCUCUUUAAAUGUAAGCAAGUUCUUGUUUUGUUCUAAAAGUGCUUCAUCCUUUCAUAGAUCCUUUGGGUGAAAAUUAAGUGAUCACACGUUCCCCUUCACCUAAUCAUUACACCUUGCUAAAAAUAGUAAAUUGAAAACCUCUACUAUGGGAAUACAUUGAGCCGUCUGAUUUGGUAGUGCUGGUCAGUCCAGAAAAAGACACUGCUUAUUCACAACUUGAUUGUGGAUGAAGGGGGCUGACUUGGCAUGUGUUACCAAUGCUUGGAUGGAUGAGCUGGGUGAGCUUCAUCUAACUCAACUGUACCCAUUUGGGUCCUCAGUACAACACCAGGCUAGAUGGAGGAUAUGUGUGUUGUUAUGGUCCAUAGAAGCACCAUCUCCUUUACCAGAAAACCUCUUGAUCUUAGGAUGGUUUAGGAUGCUAGUCUAUCAAAAAUCCUGUUGUCCACCAACAUCCCUGAUGAGGUGACCAAGACAGUCUUUGGCAUUGUUUUUGGCACUUUCUGCAUGCAUGCGGAGAUUGCUCUUGGACCGCCAUGUGGCUUCAUGGUCUCCAUGAUAACCAUACAGCUAAUGGUCAUAGAACCAACACAUGAGGCAGGGCAUGCCCUUUAUGUAGUCUUUGACCCAAGUGAUACGAGGGAAGGUCCAGAUGUAACCGGGUGGGGUGUGGGUGUGCAAUGCAGUCCCUGGUCAUGGUUGGAAAGUUACCUGGUGAAGUUUGGACUGGUAGUGGCAGUUUCCCCUGUAUGGGUGAUGGACCCAUUUGGAUGCCCUUCUCUCAGGGAGUUGUCCCUGUUGCCUUCAGAUAGGGGUGGUAUGGCCACUUCUAAAGAAAUGAUCCCUGAACCCCUUGGGCUGGAGUAACUAUCAAGCAUUCACAAAUACCCCCUUCUUGAGGAAGGUGGUGGGACAUCUGCAAGCAUUCUUGGAUAACACAAGCAUUCUUGGAUCCGUUCCAGUCUGGGUUCCAAUCUGGCCAUGGUACAGAAUCACGUCUUGCUCUGCAUGAUGGAUGACCUUUACAGAUAGUGGGACAAGGGGAGUGUGACUUGCUCUUCCUUCUUGAUGUCUCUGCAGCUUUUAGUGCCAAAUCGCAAUAGUGCGGCUAUCUGGAAUGGGAAUUGGGGGCAUUGUGCUACAGUGGUUCUGGUCUGCGCAGGAUACAGAAUGCAGAAGGUAGUGUUGGGAGUGUUUUUCAUCCCAUUGGCAGUGGCAUGAAUGAGACAAGAAGCUGAACUUGAAUCCUGAUAAGAUGGGCCUUGCUCCAUUGAAUGCUUUCACCUUAUGCAGCAGAGUCUUUAGAGCCAAGACGUUCGUUGCUGAAAAUUCAAAAGUAAUGUGUCUUCAGUACUGAACUAAAAUCUGUGAUUCUGAAUUAUCUGUCUCUAUUUUUUUUUAACUGGCAAAUUAUGGAAUGGUCUUGAUCAGGAAGAAAGGAACUCCAUGUUGUCUUCUGCUAUAGUAGAUUUGACCAGGAAAGGAGAAUGGAUUCUCCAUCAUUGCAAGUAAAAAUUGUCAAGUUCAAAUGCAAAAAUGACAAAUUUCAUUUAAAAGAAUUAGUGUGCUGGUUUUUUUCACAAGAUGAAAUGAGAUAAGUCUUCUUAGCACAAACAUCUGUGAAGCAGAAAUAUAGUAUUCACCAUACACAACAGUUUCUUUGCAACUGAUUUUAUUUCUUUGGGAUUGUUCUUGAUUAUUUAUAUUGGCUUCAGUUAUUGCUUUUUGUGAUUUAAUAUUUAAGAUGUGUUUUGUUAUAGCUGUAAAAUGCAAUACAAAUAAGAAGCAGCAGCAGCCUGGGAACUGUGAUAGAGAAAUGUGAUAUAGUUAUUCCCCUAUGCAUAGAGCUAAACACAGCUUCAUUGGAAAGGCUGGGGAAGAUCAGUGAAACCAGCAUAUGUUGUAUGUUGCAGUGCAGCUGUUCAUAUUAGCCAACAGUGCUUUCUUUGUAAAUUUCAAAGAGCUGAUGUUUCCUGCUGAAGUGGGUUUCAGGGUACCGAACCAGGAGCAUUGGUGAAAGGCUUGUGUGUUCCAACGUUUUUUUUCUAUAGCACUUUCAGUCAUGCUAAAUACUUGUUGCAGCAGUUGCCUCAGAAGGUUUAAUAUUGUGUUAAUCCGAUUUUGCAGGCGGCAAAGUCAUGAUAGGUACUUCAUUUAUUAAAUUUGAAUUAUGAAUAAUUUCUUAUGAAGCCUCUCUCCAGCCAAGUAGCGAUCUUACGGCUGAGCAGCAAUUUGACCUCCCUAGUCUACGUCCAUCAUUGUAACCCAGCCUUCCUCCACUUGAUGGCAGACAUUUUAAACUUAAAACUUCCAAAACCUCUUACCAUUAGCUAUGCCAUUUAUGGCUGAUGAGAGUUGUAGUCCAAACAUCUGAAGGACAUUAGAGGAAGACAGCUCUAUCCACCAUACCACACUGUUAUCCUAGUGCUUCAUUCAAAAUCCCUGUUUGGGAUAGAUACUUGACAUUUGUGCCACCCAUCUUCUAUGUCGUAGGGUAAAUUGUAUAAAUUGCAACGAUGCAGCUAAAAUUGUCUAACCUGAAUGGCUACAUGAAAAAUAAAAAUCAAGAUAUGCUUAGCAUUGUCAAAUUACAUUUUGAAAGUCUUUAUGUCUGCAUAGGCAGAAGUUUGAUCACGGGGUGAUUUACAGUAGACACACCAGUUGGCCAGCAAGGAUUUGACUACUAAUAGCAAGACUAGAGGCUCUUCUACUUAAAUGCAGUUUUGCACUAUAUAUAUGCAAAUUAUCCCAGUCUGUGGCACAGUGAGGUUCAGCAGAUAACUGGCUCUGACCCGCCAUUAUUUUGAACUAGAACCCUAGAGUUCUAGUAAAAAACAAAAAGUAGAUCCUACAAGUCUGAAGUCUGCCCACGCCUGCUCCACAUAAUACAUUUUUUGCGAAUUGCAGUUUCUCAAUCCUUUAGCAAUAUGACCAGUCUGUUUUGGUGAUACUUCACACACCUAACCGGGGCUGUAUUUGUUUUCAAAUAUGGAGACACCCAUGUAUAAACAUUGCUUACUAAUCAAACAUGUUUAGUCAUCUGUCCAGUCUUUAUUGCAAAUGCCAAUUGUUUCCGUGGAGUCAACUGGCCAGUCUUAUCAGCUUGGUGGGCACGGUUCUAUUUCUUCCUUCCAUUUUUUUUAAUGGUUUGCAACAUCACUCACAGUUACAAUCAACUUUACAGCCUUAAAUUUUGUGUCCCCUUGUUCUUCAGAGAGUAACUUGAUGAGGUAGUAAGCCAAACUAAACACACAAACCACAAUGGAGCAGUGUGGACAUACUUUUUAGAAUCAUUGUGGUAGCAAUGAGUUUCCAGCUCAUCACGUAUUUAUAGAGAAAUUUUGUCUUUGCCAGUGAGGCUAUGAAUAGCCUGAGAAGAACCCAAUCGUGUUUUUUAAAAUUGAAGAUCCAGUAUGAACCCUGGACUUUCAGUGCAGUCUGUAAACUGUUAUUGAGUGGCAUUGCCUUCUGUUUACCACUAUUAGCAAUAUACAAAAUGAGCUAUGCAUUCUUAAUGCCUUUUUUCUUCUUCUAUCCUGCAGCUUAGGUGGUGAUCAAUACAGUUCUCUCUGAGGAGCCAGAAAGCAGGCAGCUCAUGACUUCUGAUCAGGACCCUAAAGUUGUGGCUGAACCGCAGGUGCAGCAAGUACAAGAAGUUAAAGAUAGUUCUCAUCUAGUAAGUAUCAUGGCGAAGACUUGAUAAAUCUGAAUGCAUGAAAGUGUGGUUAUUUUAGCCACUGUUCUAGCCCCUGAAUCUUAUGCCUGCUUUGGGUAACUUGUGAUACAAGUUAUUUUCUGUAUUGGUUCUGCAGCAAAUAGAAGUCUUUUCGUGGCUCAUUUCAUUUAGUUGUGCUAAGCAUAUGAAACAGAAAGCUACCUUUCAGCUUUCUGGUUCUGCUAGUUAUAUUCAUUCAAAGGAGAAGUUUUGUCACAGGUUCCCUUAGUCUAAAACAGGAAUAAGCUACUGUGUGUAACAAUUGUUUUUUUAUAUGCUUACUCUUUUGACUUUCUGCUGCACACACAGGGCUUUCAUUUCAAUAGCAAACAGCGUUAAGGGAGGUCUUCUGGAGUAGUAAAGUCCACAAAAUGAAAUUUGGAUAAAUUGAAAUGAUUACUAUUACUAUUGAUUGAUUGAUGAUUACCCGCCCUUCACUCGUAAGCUUCCAGGGCAAGUUACAACAUUAAAACACAAUAUUAAAAACAGUUCAGAGCACAGUCACAGAAACAAGGUGGGUCCUAAACAUAUAAUCUCAACUGUCAAAAGCUGUAUAUGGGAGGCUGUAUAAUGAAGGUACCAGAUGCAGCUCUGUUAGGAGGGAGUUCCACAACUUAGUGGCUGCCACAGAGUUAACCUCUCCUGGGCUCCGUCUGCCAAUCUUAGCAGAAGGGAAGGAGAUGACUUUUCAGGUAUUGGGGGCCUGAGUUGUUUAGGGCUUUAAACACCAACAUAAGCAUCUUGAAUUAGGCUUGGAAAUGAACUAGCAUCCAAUGCAGCUGUUUUAAAACAGAGGUAUAUCAUCGUCGUCGUCAUUAUAUUUAUUAAAUUUCUAUAUAAGGUCUGUCAAAUCUGGCCCAUCGGGCAGGGCCAGAUAAAAAUCUGAUCCCCAGAGCCAAAAACGUUCCCCGUCCCUGCUGUAACUUGUGGACAUUCUCUCUUUAGCCAGACUGAGGCAAAACCUGUUGGUUUAGGUAUGCCACAUAGAAUGGUUUUUCUUUUGUGGGCAGAACUGAAUUGUUUCGGACACAUUCCCCCCCCACCUGCCCCAGUUUUGGGCAUCACAUCGAGAAAUUGAGGUGAAUCAUUUUAGUGCAAAUGGUCAUGUGAGAAUAGUGUGUAAAUUACCGUACAUGUUGGAAGUGGGCAAGCAGGAUGGUCUUCAUUGUCGUCUUCUCUCUCCUGCCCCGCAAAAAAUUUAAAAAGCAAGGAAUUAUUGGAGCAGUUUUAAUUUGCAGUACCUUUAGAAUGAACUCUGAGGCUUUGAACUGUACUUUGAAUAGAAAAAUCUUGUUGAGUCCCUAACAGAGUUUCCUUGUUCUAUCAAUUCCUAAUUAUAGCAAAUUAACAUGCAGUAUUGCAGUAGGUUAAGAUGCAUAUGCACCCUUUUUUGUUAUUCAGUUCAAUAUGGGAGUGGCUGUUCUGGCAAGGCAUUCUUACAUUUACAAGGAGAGACAGACAGCUAAAGUUCUGAACACUUUCAUUGUUUGGGAGAUGAAAAAAUGAAGAAAAUCCUCCAAAUACUUAGUACAAGCCAGAAAAAUAUAUAGCUGAAAGUCACAUUGUUUAGCAUAAUGCCGGCUUUACAUAGAGGCAUUUUAGGAACUGGGCUUUGGAUUUUGAGUGGCAAUAGCAUAUGAACCCCCUGCACUGUUUAAACAGUGCUAUUUUUGGCAUCUGGGUGUUGGCUUGUCUGCCCAGCAGCCUUGAAGUGAAGUGGGUAUAUGCAGUAAAGAGCUCACAGUUCCGGGACUUGUAAAAGGCAACAUAAAAAUGGGUUGCUGUUUCAGUAAAGAACUCAACAGCAAGAAUGAGAAGAUGAGUCUUUUGCAAAAAUCAACUGAAGAGGAGACGUCGGAACACGGGAUAAGUAAAACUUUAACUUCCAUUUUGGAGACCAUUGAAAGAAAGGAGCUGCAUGUAAUCCAAGAGGCAGUUUCUGGAACACCUGCUAUUCAUAAUAAUUGCGUAGAGUCAGUUAAAUAUCCUUCAAGCCAUUGUGCGGGGAUCGCUGAAGGUGGCCACAACCCCAGUAGAUCUUUUAAUCUUUAUCCACAUAAUGCAAGAAAGGUCUUGAAUGGGUAUGGCAGUUUACAAGAGUGCGGACGAAUGGAAGAUAUGGAUGGUGCUGAAAAUCUUCCAGAAAGUAGCAGUAGUAAUGUUCAAUGUGUGAAUAAUGCAGGCAGCUACCAUAUUAAUAGCAAUAAUGAAACAGGAUCUACUGUAGCUGGAAAGCCAUGCCGUUCAUUUGAAAGUACUUCUUCAUGUGUGCCGGUGGCUGUAAGCCAAGGAAGCAUCUUCCCGAAAGCCUUAAGUACAUGUGGAAUAAAAGGCAAGCCAGUUAUGGGUGAGUGCUUAUUAGUGCAGGAUGAAGUAGAUUCUGUUAAAAGUAAUUGUAGUGCAGUAGGUUCAGGUAGAGCAGACAGAGAGACAGCAGCUUCAAGCUUUGCAUAUCUUGAUAUUGACAGGCCCCGUAUAAGUACCAGAGAUGAAUUCUACAGUAUUUGUAUAGUUGAUGAUGAUCUGAGAAUGGAUCUAGAAGAAGGGCAAGCUAUUGUGCACGGAGAGACUGCUUUAGAGGUAGAAAGUUCAGCUGUUCAGGAGAUGUACAGUAUGACAUGGCCUGGGGAAAGUGGGAAGGAAUUGUUAGUCCCGAAGAAGCCGGUUCAGGUGCCUGUUGACUUCAGUGCUCUGAAAGAUGAAUCUCCCAGUAUAAUAAAGGAUAGUUUACUGAUGCCAAAAAGUGAAAUGGGGGUAAAAGCUCCAGUUGGCUUAGUGAAUGGGGAUCACAGGUUAAAUACUGACAGAAUAGCAGCAGAUGUGUUAAGGGCACAAGCACAUGGCGAAGAUCUUACUAAAAAUAGAACCCAGGAAAUGAAUAUGGUAGAUAGUAGUAGAAUCUUUGUGAAUGAAUCACUUGGUGAAAACAACAAUUCUCCAACACCUGUGCAUUUGGAGAAAGGCAUGAAAUAUUCUCUGCAAUUAAAAAGCAGGACUCAUGCAUGGACUUCCUUUUUCAAUAGUGAGAACAAAUGUGUCACUGAAGGUGUAAAGUCUGAAUCUAAUGAAAAUCAAAAUACCGAAGGUGAAAACUCUAAACAGUUGUUGGGAAGCCUGAAGUUUUCAUCAGAGUUUGAGCACACAACUGGUCAUUUCCUCUCUGUAAGUCAAAAUAACACAAAAAACCAAAGUCAAGUGAAUAGGCCAAACUUUACAGGAAGCACAAAUGAAUUUUGGAGAGUAUCUGCCUGCAAUGAUAAGAAAACCCCUAACUUUUCUGAACAGUUUAAUCCGGAGCUACUCCUGAAAUAUGAAGAUGAUUCUGAUCUUGGAACAUUCUGCUCCCAUGGGGAUCUGAAAGAAAGCACCAUUAAAACACUUCCAACAUCAGAGAGUGUGGCUUUUGAAGCGGAAAUACCCCAUGUUUCAGAGUUUACCAGUUAUGAAGCCGGCAGCUUUAUAAGGGCUGCUCAGCAAAACCUGUCUCAAAUAGAUAACAUACCUUCAGAGAUGAGUGAUUUGACAGAAGGAUCAUGGGGAAGCGAAGAGACAUUAACUUUUUCUAAACCUCUUAAUGUAAAUGUAAAUGAAUAUGAACGAAUCCAAAAUGAAAAUUGCUUGGAAGUUCAAGUUCCACACAACCUCUCUAAAAAGGAUGGCAAAACAAAUGACUAUUCCAGUUCACUUAACGAAGAUAACAGCUGCUGUGUCUCUUUAGCACAUUCUGAAGCGAGUGAGAUGGAUUUGAAUGAUGAACAAUGCAAGCUAUGGAACAAAUGUACAUUCCAUAGACUGGAAGAUCAGCUGAGUGCAGGGACUGACCCUCACAAAUUAAUAGCAACUGCAGAAGAGCCUGUAAAUGGGUUGAAAUGGGAAACACACCAUGAAAGGAAAACACAUAGUGAAAUAGAAACCAAGGCAGAUUCUGAAAAUUUCACUGUUCAAGAUGACUGUAUGUUAAAUGGCAAUAAUGAUCUAAUGCAAAAACUUAGAGUAUCUUCAAAUAUGCAAGAGAGGCCUUUAGUUCUGGAGGAGUCUUUAAGUAUCCUGCAGAUUGAUAAAGCUAAUAGUCAGCUUGAAACAGAGAGACUUCCUGCAUCAGUUGAUGAAAGCGAUGCUAGAAAUGUAAAAAUAGAAACUAGUCACACUGAGACAUCUACCAGAUCAAGGGGAGGGAAAUCAGGAUUCUACGAAAACAGCUCCUUACCCAAACAGAGUAUAAUGGAAACCAUGUGCCCUCUUAGGCCUUUAAUUUCUGAAGUUUCAAUUCCCUGUGCAGAUCUAUUAACAGAAAGUGCAAAGGACUCUGCUCCCCAAAAUGGCCAGCAGAAACUGAACGUUGAGGUGGAAUGUGCUUCCAGAUCAGAUGCCAAAGACUCUCUGACUUGUGCUGAUGCAGGUGGGAUUUGUAUUGACCCCAAGCAGGUAGACAAAUAUGCCGCUACUCCUUCGUACGAAAUACCUCUGGCCUCUGUUAACGAUCAAGAAUGUGACCAAGGCAAUGCAAAGCAUGUAUUGGAUCUGAUGGAAGAUAUAUUAAAGGAAUCUGAUAACACACACAAAAUGGAUGUGGGCGAUUCCCAAGGUGAUCCGCUUUGUCCAUCUGCUCCACUAAGUAGUUUGUUUUCAUCUGCCAAGUUUACAGAUGAUCAGGAAUAUCUGAUGGGAUAUUUGUGGAUUAAUUCAUCUUUUAACAAAACGAAUAGCUCAUGCAAUGCUAGUGAGGCGCUCCAAAAUGAAACUGGCGACGUGACCAUUCCUUCUUUUGAAAUGGGAGGAUACCCUUACCAGUUGCUAGUACAACAAAACAGUGAUAUCUGGGGAUGGCAAGAUAGAGAUGAAGGAUAUGUAAGUAUUUCAUCAUCAUAAUUUGAUUCAUCAGGCACUUUUAAAAAGAAGUUGCUGUAAUCCAAGGUGAAGAUUUUGAUUUGAUGUAUGAUAUUCUAAAACUCCAGCAGUGUUUCCAUUUGUUUGAGUUAAGCCACUGUCAAUUGCUAAAAUGGAGGCAUACAUAACAGCACAUCUUGGUACCUGUGUUGUGGCAGGCAUAGACAUCUCUUUUGUUGCCUCUCAUCCAUCCCUAGCCUCUGAAGGUGGCCACAAAGUUGAUAUUUUACAACUUACUGUAACGUUCUCCCUAAAACAGAUUGGAAAAAUGCUUGGGUUAAAUUUUAAUACAUUAUUGAUGAGCCGAUUUUUAUCACUGCCCUCAGAAGUUUGAACUUGGAAGUAAAUAAUUGUGUCCCUAUACCUGCACUCCUAUCUGAGAGCUGAAGGACGAGGAUUUGAAAAAGCAUCUUGCUACCAUUACGUUGUAAAAUUGCUUUUAGCCAUUUGUGAGCAGUAGCUUUGUAACAGUGGUCGGGGUCUAAUUGAGGGCACGUAAGUGAGCCUCACUCGAACGCAGGAGGACUUACUUCUGAGUAGGCUAUGUAUGGGAUUGCAGUGCACAUGUCUAGUCUGGGCAAUCCCCCCCCCCCAAGCACUUGUGUGUAGAGAAUUACUGUAGUGCUAAUUUGGUUGCUGUAACUGCUUUGAACUUGGGCUGUUGCAGGAUUUGCUGCCAUGUUUCCAUGUUGAAUAGAGGGGUGCAUUUCAUUCAUUUUUUUCCAGAGUUUCUUGGGGCACAGCUAACUGUUGGAAGCUGGACAGCACCAGCGCGCUUUCUCUUAAUCCUUUUUUGGAUUUGUGUUUUACUUUUCGUUGCUGCCUCUGGCAGUGGCAGCAGAGCUCCUCAGUGGCAGCCAGCCAGCAAUAUUAUAUCCCUGGAACAUUGCUAAGCAAGAGGUAGCAUUGUUUGAUUGAGGCUGGGAGGACUAUGGGGGGAAUACUCCCAAGGCUCAAGUCCUAUGCCCUGCUAGGAUUAAGCUCCAUCAAACACAGUGGGAUGUGCUUCUGAGUAGACGUGUGCAAGAUUGCAUUGAAACUGAGGAGGGGAGUCUUCAUCACCACAAACUUGAGCUGGCUAUCAAGGCCAGCCAAAACUUUGAUGGCCCCUGCCCUUUCCUAAUGUAAAGGAAGACAUUUCUCAUAGAAUCACACUGGUCAACAACAAAUUUGUUGUCUGUGUUUUUUCAGUUGAUUUAGGACGAAUCUGAUGCGCUGAAUCCAAAAAUCACAUUGGUUUUGCUCAAUCAGGUCAAGUUUUUGAGCUAUGGCCACAUGUCAUUUUUUUACGUUUUUGUUCACAUGUACGCUUGUUUGGAGCAUUUUAGAAGAAGUUGGUGGGGGUAAAAUGCCAUGUCAAAUAAUUGUUUUGAUUGGAAAUGAUUAUUUUAAUGACAAGAAGUAUUCAGGUCCUAUAGUUCUGGGUGAUUAUGUCGAAAAGGGAUCAGUUUGAAGUCAUAAAACCUCGAAAUCUUCCAUAAAUUGGUGCAGCAAAGCAUAAAGUUGGGGGAUCAAAACUAAGUUAAUGGGGCAGCUGCCCCACGAAGUGUAUAGGAAACUCCACCCGCGCAUGCGCCAACUUAUGACUAAUGACUUAUGGGUGGACCAAUAGCAAGAGGAGUCUGAACUUUGGAAUUCCCAUGGUUUGGAGGGAGCAGACAAACCAUGUCAUUGACUGCUACUUCUGCGCUGUUGAUGUGACUGGGAUCAACAGAAAGAACCAGAGCAGCCUCAAGUAUCCUGAUCUUCAAUCAGCACGUUGUCCUGUAGCUCAUUGUGAUGAAAUUCCAGUGCCUAUCUUCGGAGAACUUCCUGACAUUAGUGACGAAGAUGCCUCCUGUGUUGAAGGACAUGAAGAAGAAGAAGUGGUUCUUGAAGAUGAUGCUCCACAUCCACUUUCCCAAAACGAGUUGAAUGAUCUAGUUCAUGACCUCAGCUUGUCAAAGGACUCUGCCGAACUGUUGGCAUCCAGAUUGAAAGAAAAAAACCUCCUCUCUGACAGUGCUCGCAUCAGCUUCUUCCGCAACAGGCAUCAAGAGUACCUCCGUUUUUUCUUGGAAGAGAAGGACUUGGUGUACUGUGCAGAUAUUGCGCAGCUUCUGCUCAAGCUUGGAGUGCCACAGUAGGAACCCAAAGAUUGGAGACUGUUCAUUUACAGCAGCAAGCGAUCACUGAAAUGUGUUCUGCUACACAACAGCAACCAGUUUGCCUCUAUACCCCUGGCUCACUUUAGUACACUGAAGGAGAACUAUGAAGCGGUGAAGUAUGUGCUGGAGAAAAUUGGUUAUGAUCAGCAUAAGUGGUUUAUUUGUGUUGACCUGAAGAUGGUGAACUUUUUGUUGGGACAACAGUCUGGCUUCACCAAGUACCCAUGUUUUCUGUGCAUGUGGGAUAGUAGGGACCAUGCUCAGCAUUACACGAAGAAGGACUGGCCUGUGCAGGAAGAAUUGGUGCCUUGCAAAGAAAGGAACGUCAUCAAUGACCCUCUGGUGGACAGAGACAGAAUACUCUUCCCACCGCUGCACAUCAAGCUCGGCUUAAUCAAGCAGUUCACCAAGGCUCUGGACAAGGAUGGUGACUGCUUCACUUACUUGUGCCAGGCUUUUCCAGGAUUGACCAUGGAGAAGUUGAAAGCUGGCAUCUUUGACGGUCCUCAGAUCCGUCAGCUCAUCAGAGAUCCAGAGUUCGGAAACUCAAUGAACGAAGUGGAACAGGAAGCAUGGAAGGCAUUUAUUCUGGUAAUGAAGAACUUUCUUGGCAACAAUAAGGCCAGAAACUACGCAGAACUUGUCAACAACAUGCUGACUGCUUUCAGAAACCUGGGCUGCAACAUGAGCGUCAAGAUGCACUACCUAUUUUCACAUAUGGACCGGUUUCCUGAGAACCUGGGUUCAAUGAGUGACGAGCAGGGGAGAGAUUCCAUCAGGACAUGAAAGAGAUGGAGACCAGGUAUCAGGGUCGCUGGGACGCAGUCAUGAUGGCUGACUACUGUUGGACUCUGAAGAGAGACCUCCCUGCCGCUGAGCAUUCCAGGAGUUCCAAGAAACGGAGGUUCAAGCCCUGAAGUUUGAAAAAUGGUGAAGCAACAUGCAAUUUACGUGUACUUACCUUUAUCAAUGCCCACCAUUCAGUUUACAGUAAUCAAUGUUUCUAUCAGGUAAUCAAUAUAUGUUGUUGGAAAAACAUUUUUUUCUCUUAAAAACAUAUUUAGGAUGAUAUAUGUUGACAAAAAUCAGCUGAUAAUGCCACAGAAAUGUAAUCGAUUUUGUCACAAGAUCUGAUUUUUUUCAAAUCAACAUAGCACAAAAACCUGACCUGAUGGAGAGAAACGGAUGCCAUUUCCUGAUUCAGCAGUGCAAAAAUACCCUAAAUCAUUUGUAGAAAUCUAGACAACAUUCAAAAGGUAAAAAAUUGUUGCCCAGUGUCAUAGAGUUGGAAGGGACCCUGAGGAUCAUCUAGUCCAAUGCCCUGCAAUGCAGGAAUAUGCAGCUGUCUCUUACAGGGAUCGAACCUGCAACAUUGGCAUUGUCAGCACCAUACCUACUGAGGUAUCCAAGCUUAGAUUUGUUUCUAGGUUUGUUGCUUAAAAACUAUAGAGCAAUGAUGUUUGGAAUCAUAGAAUCAUAGAGUUGGAAGAGACCACAAGGGCCAUCGAGUCCAACCCCCUGCCAAGCAGGAAACACCAUCAGAGCACUCCUGACAUACGGUUGUCAAGCCUCUGCUUAAAGACCUCCAAAGAAGGAGACUCCACCACACUCCUUGGCAGCAAAUUCCACUGUCGAACAGCUCUUACUGUCAGGAAGUUCUUCCUAAUGUUUAGGUGGAAUCUUCUUUCUUGUAGUUUGGAUCCAUUGCUCCGUGUCCGCUUCUCUGGAGCAGCAGAAAACAACCUUUCUCCCUCCUCUAUGUGACAUCCUUUUAUAUAUUUGAACAUGGCUAUCAUAUCACCCCUUAACCUCCUCUUCUCCAGGCUAAACAUGCCCAGCUCCCUUAGCCGUUCCUCAUAAGGCAUCAUUUCCAGGCCUUUGACCAUUUUGGUUGCCCUCCUCUGGACACGUUCCAGUUUGUCAGUGUCCUUCUUGAACUGUGGUGCCCAGAACUGGACACAGUACUCCAGGUGAGGUCUGACCAGAGCAGAAUACAGUGGCACUAUUACUUCCCUUGAUCUAGAUGCUAUACUCCUAUUGAUGCAGCCCAGAAUUGCAUUGGCUUUUUAGCUGCUGCGUCACACUGUUGGCUCAUGUCAAGUUUGUGGUCAACCAAGACUCCUAGAUCCUUUUCACAUGUACUGCUCUCAAGCCAGGUGUCACCCAUCUUGUAUUUGUGCCUUUCAUUUUUUUUGCCCAAGUGCAAUACUUUACAUUUCUCCCUGUUAAAAUUCAUCUUGUUUGUUUUGGCCCAGUUCUCUAAUCUGUCAAGGUUGUUUUGAAGUGUGAUCCUGUCCUCUGGGGUGUUAGCCACCCCUCCCAGUUUGGUGUCAUCUGCAAAUUUGAUCAGGAUGCCCUUGAGUCCAUCAUCCAAGUCGUUGAUAAAGAUGUUGAAUAAGACCGGGCCCAAGACAGAACCCUGUGGCACCCCACUAGUCACUCUUCUCCAGGAUGAAGAGGAACCAUUGAUGAGCACCCUUUGGGUUCGGUCAGUCAGCCAGUUACAAAUCCACUGAGUGGUAGCAUAGUCAAGACCGCAUUUUACCAGCUUCUUUACAAGAAUAUCAUGGGGCACCUUGUCAAAGUUUUGCAGCAGUUAUUACCGCUAAGGUUGUUAUUAAGAGAGAUAACACAUGUCUUGUUAUGUUUGUGGUUUUGUCUUUAUUUUGAAAGGCAGGCAAGAGCCAAAAUGGUCACAAUUUAUUGUGGAAAUUAUCCUAGACAUAAAUUGCUCAUAACGAUACCAAUCGUGCAAGCCUUAAUUCUUCAAGGGAAUUAUUGUGUAAGGGGAAUUGUUGCACAAAUACACCCAUCUUAUCAUUGUUAGGAUAUUUCCGUUCCACCUUAAAAGGGAGCAGGCUGUGAGUCACAGAGUCUGCGUAUUUCCUGUUCACAGGAUGUUUAUGUUUUCUGUUGCUUUCGUUUCUCUCUCUGUCGUAGACACUAAAGCAGGCAGUCAUGUUUUUCUGUGUUCUGAUCAACGUUGAAUAAACUUGUAAAUAAUGCUCUCCUGAGUGCAACUUUUGGCUGUGCGAUAUCUGCUUAUAGAGUGUGCAUGAGCUCUGGAAUGUGGCAAGCUAUUUCUAGAAACUCAUGUCACUAAUUGUUGAUACUGCGUGACUACGGGAGAUCAAUGGAUCGUCCGGCAGCCGGCUUGGGGGCCAUGAUGGACUUUGUCUCCCUGGCAGUAUCCCAACAAUCAUAACCACAUGAUUAGAAGAUUGUAAAGCAUGCAUUGCAAUAGGUAGCUAGUUCAAUCAUUUAUGACAUGAUGGAAAUCUAAUCUUAUAGUGCCAUCAUCUUUGAGGACAUUUUCAUAGUUGUACAGUAUAAGCUAUGAAUCCUUCUUCAUACCUUGCCUCAGCCCAUGGGCUUGCUAGGGAGCCUUAAGAAAACUCGUAUCAAUCGCUUUCUUUCCCCCUUCCUCUGUAGUAAGAAUAUGUUUGGACAUUCCCUUACAGAACUGGUUCAAAGAUUAUGGAGUUAACAUCCGCUUUUGAUCUUGCCAAUGCUUAGAUUUACGUUUACCUUUACUAUGGCUCCUUUUUUUAUAUAUAUAAUGUUUGUUUACUGCUCUGGCAUGGCAGAAGGAACAUUGCCUUCUAUUUUUUACUAACCACAGCUUAGCCUUAAGUCUGAAUCUGGACAACCUGCAGUUAAUCUUAACUAUGAAGCCUGUAUUUUUUUAGUAAACUACAGUUAAAAUUAACCACAGUUUAGGGCUCAGAUAUAACACUAAACUGGGGUUGUUGUUGUUAUUAUUAUUUAUUUAAAAAAACUGAUAGAAGCUGCUAGUCUCCUCAUAGUUACACCCAGGCAUGGGAAAGUGUGCGGAUCCAAGGCUCACACAGGCGGCUCCUCCUAAUGCUAAACCAUGGAGGGAGGUAGCGCAUGAAUGUCAGACUUGCACAGCCUCAUAUUGGUAACACUAAAAUGUGAUUUAGUGUAACCAUGUGUAUGCAGCCACUGUUGAAAACCAGUUGGAUGUCUCUAUUUGGUGGGGAAAGUGGAGUAUAAAUCUGAUCAUAAAUAUAAAUGAAGCCUGGGUGGUAACUUUCAUAAAUGGAACAGAUCUUUCCUGACUCCUACCUCCUGCAGCUUCAUGUAGUCUCAUCCCAAUUGAGUUGGGUCCUUUGGGAAAGGUGUAAGAUUAUUUUUUUGGGGGGGGGGGACUGCCGAUGGAGGAGAGACUUGUCGGAAAUACCUCCUUACAAGAGUACAACAACUUGGAAUCUAAGACAACUGAUGUCACUUCUUUGAAUAUUCCAAAGAGCUAUACAAAUGAUAAAUGUGGAUGAAUUUGCCUUGACAAGUAAUGUAGGUUGAGUUUACAUAAGCACCGAAUGGUCUCUAGCCGCAAGAACUCUUAUUCCACUGCUGUAUAUCUUUUAACCAUUUGUGAGUUGCAUUUAUAAUAAGGAACCACGUAAAAUGACAGGCAUUUAGUUAACAGAGCGUAACUCAAUUGUUAUUUCCUAGGAGUCGGCCAAGGUUUCUGAACUAAAUCCUAAUGCAAAAGUAUGGGGGAAUCAUAUGUUACAUGUGGAAGCAAGCGGGGCUAAUGAUGGUGGCGUGAGCAAAACCUGGGAAGAAAUAGCAGAUCAUCCACCAGAUUCCUGCAAAGAAGGUACGAUUCUAGCUGAGUGUGCUGGUCCUCUGAGCCUUUUCUUUCUAAUUUAAAGCAGGUAAAGAAUUUCUUGGUUUGUGACUCCUGCAACUUUUCCUGCAGGGUUGGAGGCCAACGGUGAUGGUGACAAAAAGCACCAGAAUGAAUCGUUAACAGAACUGCAAGAACCAUCACUGGCAGCUCCACUGUCAGACCAGACAGAUAUGAACCCUUUGGCUCUAGAUCAUUCAGAGUAUGAAUCUAUACACGAAAACACUCAGACAGGUAAGAAAGAGGAGGCUUCCUUGUAUGUUUUUAAAAUGGUUUUCCAACUUACAAAAUGACCCCCAGUGUUUAUCCUAAAUAUGUCUUUGACAGGAACUUAUAAAUUACAAGCUACUGAAGAAAUUUACCUGAGCAACACUGAAUUAUAGGCAUUGCUACAGAAAUGAUUAAACAGUAACAAUAGUUGCUUGUAGGAAUCCUUGAUGCAUAGUCUGAAAUAAGUAGUGCCUAUUAAUGUAACAAUUUUACCAGCACAUUUGCAUGUAUUUAUAUGUGGGGCUCAGGCUGCUUCAUUUAGGACAAACCACUGUUUGCCCCCGGGCUUGUGACUACAGUACAUUUAAAGAAAUACCAGAUUGAUCAUGUGUACAAUAUUUUAAAUGUUCAAUCUCAUCUCCGUCAUUAAAAAACAAUCUAAACUUUGAAGUCUCAACAGCCCAGACAAUGCUAGGAACUUUGAACCUUCAGUGUCUUGGGUAGUGAAUAUAUUUACUAGAUGAACUGAGUAUUUUAUAGGAUCACAGGUUGUAGUGUUGACAUGUUAUCUUGGAAGUCUAAGUUGUAUAAUGAAAAGUGCCUACAGUGCAUAAUUCAGGAGUAGUACUCUAGUUCCCACCAUCCCUGACCAUCGGCCAUGUUUAUUUUAAAUUUUUUUAAUGAAGAUUGUGUUCUUUGGCAAAGGCAAGAAAAGCUGAAUGAUUCACAUUAUGCACGUUUUAUUUGCAUAAUUCAAUAAUUCUGCUUUUGCUGGUUACAGAGAAAGACAAACUAUGCAGGGCAUUAAAUCUGCUCACUGUGCAACCCACACAUGACAUUGCCUACAUGGUAUCAAUACUCCACAAUCUCAGGGCCAGAAACUUGCUCUGCAGACUUCUGCAGAUAGUGUCAAAUACCGUGUUUGCAGGGUGUGAACAUAGGAUUUCAACCAAUGGACAGCUCUAAAAUUUUUAUGCAGUAUAUAGACUGAGGAUAGAUACCACCUGCCUGGGGUACUUUCUGUUUUAAACUAAUGUUAUUGGGGAAACCUAAUAACUCGUCUAGGGAAGUCACAUUGCACAAGCAUUUUUCUGUUGUGCAAACAGGCAGAUAUCAUUGGAUGUUGUUCAGUGCAGCCUAACACUAUAAUUCUUGUGUCAUUGUUUCUGAGUCCAGAAAAGAAACUUUUCAAAACAUUAUAUAAUUCUCUUAUCCAUCUUAAUCAAUUUGGAGCUCCCUGCUGCUUUUUUCCAACUGAUAAUCUAAGUUUUUACUUAAUAGAAUAUUAAUAAUAAUAAUAAUAAUAAUAUAUUUAUACCCCACCCAUCUGGCUGGGUUUCCCCAGCCACUCUGGGCGGCUUCCAACAAAACACUAAAAUACAAUAACCUUUUAAACAUUAAAAGCUUCCCUAAACAGGGCUGCCUUUAGAUGUCUUCUAAAAGUUUGGUAGUUAUUUUUCUCUUUGACAUCUGGUGGGAGGGUGUUCCACAGGGCGGGUGCCACUACCAAGAAGGCCCUCUGCCUGGUUCCCUGUAACCUCACUUCUCGCAAUGAGGGAACUGCCAGAAGGCCCUUGGCACUGGACCUCAGUGUCCGGGCAGAAUGAUGGAGGUGGAGACGCUCCUUCAGGUAUACUGGACCGAGGCCGUUUAGCAAAAAGAAUUUAGCUCGUGUCUGCUGCAACGUCUGAUGGCAAGAAUUUCCAUUGUAGUACCAAACACAAUGUUGGCUCAUACACUUGCUGUUAAAAUUAUAAUGAAUAAUGCAACUUUCUUACAUAAGAGUUUCAUGUUGGUCUUUGUACUUUGAAGCUAACAAAUGAAUAUUUUUUUCAUAUUAUAUCAUGGUGCUAUGCACAUAUUUCAAACUGCUUUCUCCACAGUAAUAUAUUUCAAGUUUUAAAGAUGACGUUUGAGAUACUUGUCUGCAUUGAGUGUGUAAAGGGUGUACAUAACAGAGCAGAAAAAAUAAAUACUAGAGGCCUUCUUGAUAGCUUCCAGAUAUAUAAAAAUAUAUUCCUGUUCAAAUAUUUACAUAUUUUACAUCACCCUUAUUUCUUAAAAGCUAUUGCAACUGGAAAGGAAUCCUAACUAAUUUGUCAGUUGUUUAUGUAUUGAUGGUUAUAUAAAAUGAUUGUUGCUCGGCUUUUCAAUGGAGCCAAUCUUUUCUAAUGAGAUGGGGUGGGUAGACUGUGGAUGCAAGCAACCCUUAUGUGUGUCUAAGCUCCACCAAAGUUUCUGCUGAGUCCGUAUAUUUAGGAUCAGGUGCAAGAUACUCUUUGUGUCAUGAGUUGAUAUGAAGGGUACUUUAUUUAACCUCUAUUGCCAUUGCGAAUAAGGUGACCUUUGACACUUGAAGGAAAUGUCUUUUUAUGAAGGCUUGGUUUCCCCCCUGACUUUGUCAAACUCAUGUCUUCCAUUUCUAGGAGGUAAAGAACAGCUGCAGUCAGAAGGUCAGGAAGACUUGCGAGAAGUAUUGAAAAAAACACUGGAGUUCUGUUUAUCUAGGUAAGCAUAACAUGUAUUCAGUAGUGACCACUCAUGCUGUAUUUAUUUAAAGCAUUUUUGUUGGUAGCAAGAAAAAUAGAGAUAUAUACAAAAUAGAAUUCUUAGAUGCCAAUAUCCAGGUUUGGGGGAAAAUAUUCUUGCAAAAUAUGCAGCAAAGCAAAGCAAAAUCUGCAGCAUAGAGAGAGACCACUCAUUUGAUAAGUUAAAAAAGGUUGAUUUAUAUACUCACAAAGGACAGGUCCAUGUGCUUUUCCAUGCAGCAUUCAGUAAAGGUUGCACAGGCAUUAAAACGUGGCUUAGUUAUACUGGUGAAAGUUCCUAAAUUAUUGGUGUAGGAAUUUAAGAGAGACCUGUUAGAGUGAUUGCUUGGAGCAAGCAGCUCAGAUCUCCCAAAUUGAGCUUCUCAAGUAGACUGUGAGGUACAGCGAUAAGGCUUGAUUACAUUCCUCCCAGGUUGGAGGGGAGUGACAUAGCUAAGCCUGCCAGGCCAGCUUACUCUAUGGCAUCAAACCCUUCAUGCAUUAAUUAGACUUAAGCAUGUUGGUUAUCCCACAUUUUUAUCCCGUUCUUCAUAACAGAAAAGAAAAAGGCUUCCAGAGCAGUUUACAGAUAUUUGCCUUUUAGGAUGAUAGGUUAAGUCAUGUGUGAGGAAUCUUUGCCCUUUCAGAUGCUGCUGAGCUGCAACUCCCGAUCAGCUCUAGUGAGCAUGGCCAAUGGGCAGCGGGGAUGGAAGGGCAGUUCAGCAAUAUCCGGAGGGACACAUGUUCUCCACACCUGGCUUAAGUAAUCAUUACUAUGGAAUAAGUCACUUCCCAUUUUCACUGCUAAGUGUUAACACAGGGAAAAGUGUUGUGGCAUCUGGAUUUAAUAGAAGUUCAUUAUCCAUAUAUGAAGUGGGCUCAGACCUUGAGAAGCAUGGGAAGGAACCAAAAUUCUACAGAGUAAAUCCAUAGGGAAUCUAUUAAUUUUUUUCUCAGUUAAAUAUGUAAUUUGUUUUUCUUCUUGCUUUGCUAAUUUACAUACUAAAGCCUGUCAAGAUAAGUUGGUUUUUUAAAAAAACCAAAGCUGCCACUCACUCAUUCUAUCUGCAGCCAGGUUUGUUUACAGUGCUUUAGAAAACAGUAACUAUUGAGAAUAGACUUAAGUCAGUUGUGGCUUGUCAUCUGUAGCAGGAAGGUGGGGUUUUUUUGGGGGGGGUGGUUGGCACUGAUACCGCCUGUAUGCUGAUUGUUUAAUGUAUGGAGCUGCUUGGCUGUUGGAAAUCUUAACUGAGCUAUUUUCAAGACCAAAACUUCAAAUACUAUCCAUGCAUGAGCCUCUGUGACCCCAUACUUCAUUUGAUGGGAGAUAAAAUAUACCUCUCAACAUCUGGAGAUGACAGCUGGAUAGCUCAGCUGGUUAGAAUGUGGUGCUGAUAACACCAAGGUUUUAGGAUUGAUCCCAAUAAGAGACAGCUGCGUAUUUCUGCAUUGCAGGGUGUUGGACUAGAUGAUCCUUAGAGACCCUUCCAGCUCUACGAUGUUUUGAACAAACCUUGUCUGUGUGUGAGCUAUAGAGCUAAACUCAGCGCACCAGCUACAUAGAUUCAUAGAAUUGUGGAGUUGGAAGGGACCUCAAGGGUCAUCCAGUCCAACCUAAAGUGGCCUAUUAUGGACUUGAUGGAUCUUUUUGCUGUUCUGUUUCCCUAGCGCUGUAAAACAGGUGGGCUGCAUCCAGUUUGGUGCACCUUAUGUUGAAAAUCCCUGCUUCUCUCUCUCUCUCUCAACCCAAGCAACAAAGCUAAGAUAGUUUCAUAGGUAGCUGUUUCCUUCACUCUAGUAGCAAAGGGAAUUUUAAGUAAAUACAUGACAGUUCCUUAAUACAGUCAUACCUUGGGUUAAAGACACUUUGGGUUGCACAAUUUUGGGUUGUGCACCGCGCCAAACCCGGAAGUACCGGAAUGGGUUACUUCUGGGUGUUGGCGCAUGCGCAGAAGUGCUAAAUCACGCUUUGUGCAUGCGCAGAAGCGCCGAAUCGCAACCUGCACAUGAGCAGACGCAGCACUGCGGGUUGUGGACGCUGCGGGUUGCAAAUGUGCUUUCCGCACAGAUCACAUUCGCAACCCGAGCGUCCACUAUACAUAGAUGUUGAUCGAUAAGAAAGUCAAAUGCAACUUUUUCGCUUGUGUAAAGAUAAAGAAAGGAGUUUUAUAAUGAAGACUCUGCUUUCCUUCAACAGAGAGAAUCUUGCCAGUGACAUGUACCUUAUAUCUCAGAUGGACAGUGAUCAGUAUGUGCCAAUAAUGACAGUAGCAAACCUUGAUCACGUCAAGAAGCUGAGUACUGAUAUGGAUUUGAUUGUUGAAGUGCUGCGAUGUAAGUAAUUGACAAAGCACCUAUUUUUGACUUGAAGAUGAAUAGUGAGUUUUUGUUCUGUGAGGUGCAUAGCAUUGGGGGAGGGUUGAAGCCAGUGGGUGAGUGCAACAUUUAGAAAACUGUACUUAAAUGGCAAUAAACCUGUCAUAGCAGUAAAUUCAUGCUUGCAGGGAGGGACCUGCCAUUUAAUCUUCUGUUUUAUACAAUAGAUUUAUUGGAGAAUGCCCCUCUGUCAAACUGCUCGACUUGGGUAUCCUAAUGAUACUGCUGAGGCUUUCUGCAUUGUUGCAGUUAAAUGUAUAUUCAGUAUGUGGCUUGUUUAGCUUCAGCCACUACAGGCUUUUCUAAGUGGAAGUUCUCCAUGGUUGGUUUCAAAAGAUACCUAACAGGUUUCUGCUCCAGCACACUAUUUGCAAUUUUUAUUUAGCAGUUUACUAAUUAAACCUGUCAAACGUAAUUUUUUUGUACCAUGGCUAAAGUAUUUGAAAGUAAUUACCAUUGGUGUGAGGCAGUUUGGAAUCUGAUAAGUGAAGUGCUUGAUUGUCACUCCUGGUGAUUUGUUUAGUGUAGUACCAAAGAGUAGUAUUGGAAUGUACACUCUUUCAUUUCAAAGUGGGGAAAAGGGCCAUACAAGAUGGACUUUCUAACAGAAUAAGACUGGUAGGAGUGGGUUCCCCCCUCUGAAAGGCUUCACUAAGAGGUGUGGUGAACACUCCAGGAGCCAAACUGGUUUAUUUCAAUUAGGGGCUUGAAAGAUCUUUCCCAAAGUAAGAUGUUUGCCUGGGAGACUUGACUGGCAUGUGCCACGUUUGUACACAUUUAUUUACAAACGGGAGAUGAAUAAGGUAACAGAUCUUACUCUAGUCCUACAAAACUGCAGUGUGUGCAAAACAAAGCCUUGCUUAACUGGUUGAAUUCUAAGUAACUGUGUUGUAUGUGUCUUCCCUUAGCAUUGCCUUUAGUCCAAGUGGACGAGAAGGGUGAAAAAGUCAGGCCAAACCAGAAUCGCUGCAUUGUGAUUUUACGUGAAGUACCUGAAUCUACUCCAAUUGAAGUAAGUUCUGCAUACAGCAGUCAAACGAUUCACAACAUGCUUAAAAAAAAAUCCCACCCACCUUGGUUCUAUAUGGCUACAGCUUUAAUUGUGACUCUCUCUCAGCUAUCACUUGUGGCCAAGUAAGCUUUUCUUCCAUAUAAUAUUUUCCAAGUAAGAUUUUCUUCCAUAUAAUUGUGCAUUCAUGAUAUCACUCACAACUUUAUAAAGCAUACUAGGAAAACAAUCCCACACUAAACCAAUAACUAAAUACCUGUUUAAAAGAAAAUAUUGAAUUGCCACUGAGAUGCCAUUUAUACCUUGUCAGAAAGACGUUUCUGGAGCUUUCAGACAGUGAGUGCCUCUCUACAUGCUUCCACCAUAAAGUUAAGGCUGCUCCUGGAAGACAGAUUCCAAAUCAAUAAAUGUAGAGCAAUGGACAACAUUUUGAGUGGGGUGUUCUAACUAGCUCACUGACAGCAGAAGAGAUCAAGGAGGUUGAAUAAAUGCUCUUUGAAGAGAAAGGGAUGUUUUAAGAAAUCAAAAAAGUAAUAUUGGUGUUCAUAUGCAGAGUGAUAUUAACAGGAAAACACAAUUUCCUGAGUCAUAAAGUUUGACUUAGGAACGUCAAUCAAGGGUGUAUCUGCUGUUAAUCUGUUAACUGAAGGUGAACACAGUAUGUCUUUGUAUUUACAGUUCAUUGGGUAGUAUCUGAACUGUACUGGAAUAGACCCAAUUGAAAUCAAUGGACUUUAAAUUAGUCAUAGGUGUGACUUAGUCAGGUGCCACCCUGAAAUUGUUUAGGCACCAACAUCAAACCUUUAGGUGGCAGCCUUUGCAUAGCUGAAAACAAAUCAGGUCCCUGGAAUGAUGGGACAGUGUCAGUACCCUGCUCCAUAGCCCUUUUUUGUUGAAAUUAAGGAUAGUCAGUUCUAAUAAGGCCGUUACAUUGCUUGGUCCUAAAUGAACCUUCUGUUGUACUUGUCAGUGAACCCUCUUUCCCACCAAUCUUUUCUUAGGAGGUCGAAGAACUCUUCAAGGGAGAUAACUUGCCUAGGUUCAUCAACUGUGAGUUUGCCUAUAAUGACAACUGGUUUAUUACAUUUGAGUCUGAAGCAGAUGCACAGCAGGUAGGCUCUCACUUUUUUGUUGCGCAUAUUUAGUUUGUGUUAGUUAUCGGUUUUGGAGAUUGAUUACGGUGACUCUUGACUGAGGUGGUGUGAACAGACCUCCACAAACAAAGUUGGUCCAUAAUACAAUGUUCAUGUAAGAAAUGGCUGGAAGACAUCAUAUAGUUGCACAGAACAGCAGCCUUCAUAAUUCAGAGAAAUUCAUUGUUGUCUAGUCAUGGUUUCCAUAAUUAAGUCUAGAAUCCAUGUACUUCUUGGAAAUUUUAAAUCCUACUAAAAGCAGUGAUUCAGCCAACUGCUGUUUUUUUGAAAUGGAGUAAGUAGCUUCCUGCUGCCAUCUUUACUAUGAUUUUACUAUGAUUUUAGUACCACAUAUGAUCAUUGCCAAGCAGGGUUAAAAUGAAACCUGAUAAUGCCUCUGACCAUAUGCUGAGGCUAUAUGUCUAUAAUCCAGUAUAAACCUGAAUUGGACCCAAGUAUUCUUAAAUAGGGAAGAACUGAUAUUGUUUGUGUUAGUAUCUGUGUGUGCAUAAUGAUAUACUUUUUCUUGUUAACUUACUACAUCUGCUGCCUUUCACACAAACUUAUUUUUCACUCUUAAAGGCUUAUAGAUACCUUAGAGAAGAAGUGAAAACCUUCCAAGGAAAACCAAUUAAGGUAAAUAUGUUUUGUUUUUAGUGUUCACUGAAAUACUUCUGAAAGUGGUCGUCGUUCUCUAAGGCUGAUUCUUCUAAGAGCAUGUUCUUCUGUCUUCUAGGCAAGAAUAAAAGCAAAGGCUAUAGCUAUAAAUACAUUUUUGCCAAAGAAUGGAUACAGACCUCUGGACAUGAACAUCUACACACAGCGUUAUACAACAUCAUUUUACAUACCUCCAGUAUACAGCCCCCAACAGCAGUUUCCACUGUACAGCUUAAUUGCCCCACAGACGUGGUCAACAACACAUAGCUAUCUUGAUCCAUCACUGGUAAGCACUUCAGAAUCAUUCCUUUGUUGCUUUUUAAAUGUUCAUGCUGUUGCUUAGUCUUGAAUAUAACCGGGGCAUACUAGAUUCAGUUUAUAGCUCCAUAGUAACUGGUGUACUUCCUGAAUCUGUUUUACGUACUCUUACUUCUCAACCCAUAUAUUAGCAUUACGCCAUGUUCCUCAUUUUUAGAUAAUUUUGUAGCAGCAAGUCGGAGUAGCUAAGGCCAAUGAGAAAGGAAGCCCCUUGAAUUUUUUGAAUUCUGUUAAAUCCCCUUCAGUGUAAAUUGAAGUGAUGAUAGGAACUAAGGACUUGAUUAUUUAUCCUCAUAAUCUUAAGACCAGGUGUUACGCUCAAGCUACUUAUUAAGUAAAAUUGCAGGGCAGAAUCCUCAUUGCAUUUCAGACUUCCAAGCUACAAGCAGUGCAUAAGAGGUUUUGACCUCAGCCUCUCCCUUACAUGCUAACUUUCUGCAGACACAAAAUGUUUUUUAUGUAAAGGAGCAAUUGGUUUGAGACAUCCACGGCAGUUGACUGUACAUCCAGAAUACAUAGGUCUUACGAGGAAGUAUGCUUCAUUCUCCUUCCUUUUUGCAAUCCAGUGGCCCCAGGCACAUGUUGAAUAUUCUCCAUGCAGAAGGAAGAUGGGUAAUUUGGAAGAGAAAAUUGGUUGAGACACAGGACUGGGCUGUUUCUGAUCAUAACCUCACUUCUGAUGAGUACUUCAGAUAGUUUCCUUGGAAUUCAUGAAAACUGUCCAGAAUACCCAUAUUUUUUGAGAAGCCAUAGCAUAAGCAUAACACUUGGGUCAGAGAUAAAAGGCAAAAACAUAAAAUAAAAAUGUUAAGUACAUAGCUGUCAACUUACAGAUUUGAAAAUAAGGGACCAGCAGUCUUGAAAAUAAGGGACCAGCAGCCAAAAUAAGGGACCUGCAGCCUCACCUGUUCCAGGCACUCCAGUCUUCCUGUCCUCCUGCAGUCUGGUCAAACUCAUGCUGGUAGCUUCGAGAACACUGUCCAACCAACUUUGUAACCAGAGGUUCAACUGAAUAGAAUCUGAAUCACAUGCACCACAAGGCCUAUGCAGCCUCAACUUAAGAUGGCUCCCCGGCCUGGCUUUGCACUGCAAAGUUUGCAGCAGCACGUGCAACAAAAUGACACCCAACAUUCAAAAAACCCCUCAGCUUGCAUUAACUAGCCACACACAAGGCAUGCAAGCUCCACCCCCCAGUCGUUCUUAGACUUCUUAUUGGGUGAGCAACACAGCCAAGCAACACAGUUGGAGCCUCCCUCCUCCCUGGCCGGCAGGGAGGGAGGGAGGGAGAGGAGCUGCUUCCUUUGAAAUUUAAGGGACAUUUAAGGGACAUCCAUCAAUAAGGGACAGCAGCGGGACAUGGCGCUGGAAUAAGGGACUGUCCCUUCAAAUAAGGGACACUUGACAGCUAUGUAAGUAUGCCUUUUUGAAUGCCAGCUGCUGGGAAUCACAAGUUGGGGGUGGGAUGUACUCAGAUCAGGCUUUCAGGUCUCCAAAUGCUUCUGGUAACCUCUAGGUUAGAUUACUGCAACACAUUGUACAUGGGGCUGUCUCUGAAGACAGUUCGGAAACUUAAGCUGGUGCAGAAUUCUGUGGCCAGGUUGCCUACCGGAGCAAGACAGUUUGAGCAUAUUACACCAAUCUUGGCCUGACUGCACUAGCUGCCAAUUAUUUUCUGGGUCCAAUUCAAAGUGCUGGUUUUGACCUAUGAAGCCUUAAACAGCUCAGGGCCACAAUUAUGUCAAGGACCGCAAACCCGGGCCUUGCAAUCAUCAUCUGAGGCCCUUUUUUCAUGCUCCCCCUCCAUAAGAGGUCCAGAGGAUGGCAACACAAGAGCAGGCCUUUUCUGCGGUGGCUCCCCAUCUGUAGGAUGUUCUCCUCAGGGGGGCUCACCUGGUGCCUUCAUUACAUAUCUUUAGGUGCCAGGCAAAAACAUGACUCCAUAACCAGACCAUUUCAAUGUGUGUUUGGCAGGGUGAUUAUUGCUUUGCUUUUGUUUUAUUUAGUAUUUUGUGUUCUCAUUUUGUAUUUUUAUGUUGCGAACCACCCUGUGAUCUUCUGAGGAAGAACGGCAUACUAAAUAAAUUAACUAACUCAACUGGCUUGCCACUGUGAGGACUGGAUCCUGGUCUAGCUGGGCUACACACCUGAGCCAGCGAGUGCUGAUCUUAAUGUAAAAAUCAGUCCUGUGAGGUCAUUUCAAGAACUCUUGAGAGUCUCUUAAAUCUACAGCUGUGUAACUUGCAGUACUUCUGUUCCAUAGGUAACACCGUUUCCAAAUACUGGAUUUAUCAAUGGUUUUACAUCUCCUACUUUCAAGCCUACUACUUCUCCACUGACUUCACUCAGGCAGUAUACUCCCAGAAGCAGGCAAGUUCUGGAGAUAAGUUUUCAUCUUUUGCGCUAAGUUAUAUAUGUCAUGGGAAUCUGUUGGAAUGGCAUUUGCCAGGAGUAUGCAUCACUUUGGGAUGUUCACUUCUCUUGAAUACUGUGGCCUGUCCUCACUUUAUAAUUGUAUAAAGAACCAUUACAGUGGUACCUCUGGUUAUGAACUUAAUUCGUUCCGGAGGUCCAUUCUUAACCUGAAACCGUUCUUAGCCUGAGGCACCACUUUAGCUAAUGGGGCCUGCCACGCCACCGGCACACGAUUUCUGUUCUCAUCCUGUGGUAAGGUUCUUAACCUGAGGUACUACUUCCAGGUUAGCAGAGUCUGUAACCCGAGGUGUUUGUAGCCCGAGGUACCACUGUAAUUGGUUUUUUUUUAUUUUUAAAAAACCCAGACCUUAAUUACAACCCUGGGUUAUGUUAAUGUUACAGUAGCAAUUUGAACAAUUGAUUAAGGGAAGUGGCCUACGCGACCUCCCCAAAUGGAAAUCUAUGCUGCUAGGAGGAAUAAUAAUUUGACAAGAAUUGCAGGCGUUUUGUCUUCAUGAAGUGCUGUGGCCACAGAUGCGGCAGGCUUCUUCUAAAAGAGACAUUGUUGGCUUCUAGAGCCAGAAGAACUGAACUACAUGAAUGUGAAGCGGUGGGAGGAGAGGGGAUGAUGGCUGGGGGGGAGAAUAGAGUCAGUCCUGCAGCUGCAAGGUAUUUAAUAUCCCCAAGGGCAGGUACGUAUAGAAUGACCGCUCUCUCUUGACUGUGGUUGAAAGAUGGGAACGGACCGUAAAAUCACAUACAGUGGUACCUCGGGUUAAGAACUUAAUUCGUUCCAGAGGUCCGUUCUUAACCUGAAACUGUUCUUAAGCUGAAGCACCACUUUAGCUAAUGGGGCCUCCCGCUGCUGCCGCUGUGCCGCCACUGCGCAAUUUCUGUUCUCAUCCUGAAGCAAAGUUCUUAACCCGAGGUACUAUUUCUGGGUUAGCGGAGUGUGUAACCUGAAGCGUCUGUAACCCGAGGUACCACUGUACCUCUACCCCAGAGUAAAUUCCACCCUCCCAUCUUAUCCACUGGUCCAGGCUAACCAGACAGAGAGUUAACCACAGUUAAGAUUGAUGCCAAGAUCUCCGUCGUGGUUAAGGUGGGCGGAGCGCACAUUCUCAUGAUGGAAGCCAUUGCAUCUACAGAAACACCAUAUAAAUAGACUUUGUAGAAGUAAAUGUAUCUUCUUUGUAGAAGAUAGAUUUUGAGAAGAAGACAAUUGUUACAACUUGUCCUGAUAAAAGUACAGACCUUUGUCAUGUUAUGUAAUAAAGUUUCCUUUGAUUGCUCUAAAAGAUCACGCCACAUUUUCCCAUGAGUGUUGGGUGGAUUCCUGCCACAGCCUGAACAAUUUAUGUAUUCGGUAAACAUUUGCCUUAUGCUAUAAAAGGAAUAGCCUUUAGAAAGUUCUUCAGCGAGAUUCUGGAAGUUGUCUGCAGAUUUUGCAUGAUGGUUUAAAUUACGUCUUUUGUUUCUCCCCCAGAAAUCCCAGCAAAUCACAUCUACGGCAUACAAUACCCAGUGCGGACAGAGGGCCAGGACUUUUAGAGAGCCCUACAAUAUUCAAUUUUUCUGCUGACCGCUUAAUCAACGGUGUCAGGAGCCCGCAAACAAGGCAACCAGGGCAAAACAGGACACGGAUGCAAAGUACGACAAGUUAUACCAAGCGCGAAGUGGGCAGUGGGCGAGUAGAGCCUGCUGCUUUAGACUCAUCCCCAAGCUUAGGUAGAGGAAGGUGAGUACUGGAACAUUUAUUAAGCACUUUUGUUGACUAAGUACUGCUCAGAGCUCAAUUAAAUCAUGUGUUUCCACCAUGUGGGAGUAAUGAAAAGUGGAAGAUGAAACCCCAGGUGAGGAGGGAGAGUGAAUUGCGGGGAAAGAGAAAAGAACAUAACUUUUAAAAGCAUUUUUUAAAAGGGGUUUUGUAUAAAUGAGAGGCUGGGAAAGAAAUUCCACAGAUGAGGUGCAUCUAAGAAAACAGGCGUGCAAGAACUGAGAAGAUGCUUACUAACAAAAAGAUUAGAAUCUGUAUUGACACAAAGAAUUGGCAGACUGAAGUGAGUGGGAAGAUUUCUGAUGGCUACAUAAAGAGGACUGCAACAGUUUGGAAUGCUUCUAGGGCAAUGAGUCCAAGAGAGGGAAAUAAUUGCUUGUAGAAAGAGGCAUUAACAUGAUGACAAGUCGAAGUGAAGAAGUACUGAACUAAAAGAAGAAACAUCUGGUUGCGAAAGUGUUUUGGUGUUAAACUAGAGUCCAUAUCAAAAUAUGGCAAACUAUAUUCAAUCUAAUAACAUAUUUCUGUUGCUUUAGUUGUUAUAUAACUAUUUACAAUUUGGAAGUUGCAAUUUAGCUUACUUAUUUAUCCUGGCUGCCUUCGGUUAUGGAGUCCAAGACACUGCUCAUGUGGCUCCCAUGCAGGUACUGGCUAGGCUGAGACCUGCUUAGUUCUACCAAAGUGGUGACCUCAUUGGCCUUCAGACCUUGCCCUGGGAUCCUAGAACCUUUGUUGCUUGGUGCUCUGUGAUGACAGGGAGAAAUUGUGCUCAGAAUGAAGACCGCAAGCUGGCUGCAUCUGGUCUUUUCAGGAACACUAAUACUUUAUUUGGUGGGGGUCAGUUGAUAUUGCACGGGCUAGGGACAAGAAUUUUAAACUCAGUAAGGAAGACCAGCCAAUGAAGAACUGGAGGGCACAAAAGACAUAUUAAUAAUCUGCCAAACAUUCCUUUUGGUUUCUAAGCCUUCAGCCAGAGUGGUGAAACUGGAUAUGUGGGGGGUGGGGGGGUGUUUUUGUAAGAGAUGUUUUUUAGGAAGCCCAAUUCCUUGCCAGAAAUGUAUUUCUGUGCUGCUUGAAUGGUCUGAAUAGGCAUGGCUUUCUGUGUGUGCCAUCAUUGCAAUGUAAAUGCUUAUUGGACCUUGCACUUCAUUAGCAUUGAUAAGCAGUGGUUUUCAACUUUUCCUCUUGUUUGCAAUAGUAGUGCUCUGGCCACCUUUUUAUUUUACUGCAAAUCUAUAAGAUAUUACAUGUACACAUGUGCACACAAUUGAAUUUUUGUCAUUCUUCCCCUGUCCCGUCAUCUGAAUGCUAAGAGCAGAUUGAUAGAUUUCAAAAGCCUUUGUAGGUAUCUGUUGUCAAGCUACUGUCUUACAGUCUAGCCCUUGUGCCUGGUGUUACUGUGCUAGUUCUUAUUUGCCACUCCAGACUCUUAUUCUAUGAAUGCAGUCAUUUGUUGUUACCAUUUGUAAUACCAAAACUGCAGAGAGAAAUGGAAUCGAAUGGAGUGGCUGGAACCCUGAGCAGAACUCAGCACUUCAGUCUUUUUGGUCCUUUAUAAAAAUCUAUUACUAAUCAGCCUCAUGCGCAUUGCCAUUAUUUGUUACUUAGAAAACAUAAGGGAAUUGUGAGACAGUUGCUUACAAAGGAUUUAAGUCUCCUGUAAACUUGCAAGAAACCUCAAAUUCCUAGUGCUGUAGAUAUUUAUACAGGUACCAAGCCAUGGUAUGGAUAGUAGAACAAUGUAGCUUGCCUUGAACAAGGAGCACUAACACCAUGCAAGAGAACGAAAGCAACUGCAUGAUGUCCAUGACAAUAGUGUCUCAUACCAAAUGUAAACGAACUGUGAAAAAGGCACUAUGAAUAAAAAAUGGAGAGGUUAUUUGUACUUUUCCUUGUUUAUAUGUUUGUUUUGUAACACAAGGAAAUCUUGAAUAAAAACUUCUUUUUUACAAAAAAGAGGAGCAAGGGCACCAUGUACUUGGCUGUGGUAUAGUCAGCCCUUAAUCAUUUGAGACAAAAGCACAGAAAGACAUGUUGGAAAAUAGUGGUGGGGAAUUUGUUAGUUUGUUUAUAUUCCCUCCUUUUUGCCUGAUGGGGCUCCCCAGCCGGUUUUCAGAUAAAAGCAAACCGAGGAAAGCUAAGUGCCAUUCUUCUAGAAUGUAUUAUUUAUCAACAUAUUUUUCAUUGACAAAAACUGGAAAAUGAAGCGGUAAUGCAAUCUUUGCAGCUUAAUAGUUGAAAUGCAGGUUAUUUAAUGUGUGUCAGGAUUUCAUUGUAUUCUCUGAAGAACAAGAAGGCUGUACAGGUGAAUGACUUCUAUCAGCUUCCUAUGCUUUAAAGUUCUAGCCAGAGAAUAAUGGCAGCACCUGUACUUUGGAACUCCCUGCCACUUGAGAUAAAGCAAGCGCCUUCACUGUACUCCUUUUGGCGCCUGCUAGAAACAUUAUUGUUUAAACAAGCUAACCAGAUACUUAGAAAGCUGAGGUAACUUUAAUCUGUUUUAACUUUGCAUGUUUCAAAGUAAUGGCUGUGAAUUUUGCUCAACCUUCUUGUUUUAUCUGUUUGUAAACCGCUUUGAGCUUGGUUUUUUUUUUUACAAUCAAGUAGUGUGGAAAUUUUAGGAAUUAUAUAAAUAAAUAUUCAGGUGAAGGUUACAAAGACUCAAGCUUGCAGCACUCCACAAGUACUGGAAUUCCAUUCCAAAACCAGGAUCUGCCAGUUAGAAAGCAUGCUGGGAAAACUAAUUGCUUGCAUUACCUUUACCUAUUUAGCAUCCCCUUGCUUUUAUGAAUAGGCAGGGUUAAUUAAAUAAUCUGACGUGGAGGAAGUUACAAUGAUGCAGCCAGGGAAUUAAGGUGACAUACAACAUUAUUCCACCUCCCUCCCAAAAGAUCAUAUCCUCCCAGCGACUCUGUGAGGUUGAUAGGCCAAGAGAUAAGUGUCUGGACCCAAGGUCAUGUAGUGAGCUUCUUACCAGCGAUGCAUAGAGCAAAAGUACCUUAAGUUUCUUAUUACAUUGAUUUUUCUGCUUCCAGGAAAAACUCGUAUGGCUAUCGAAAGAAGAGAGAAGACAAGUUUACGGUGAGUUUGUUAUGGCUGCAAGUAUCAUGAAUGACAUAGUAAUACAUGAAAUGAUUGACAUGAUUGUAUGAUAUAAAAUACAGUCAGUAGUUCCUGAGGGUCGUGAGGUGAAUACCAAGGCAGAGUUAUUUUUUUUCAUCAGGGUUACUGAAAAGCAGACUUUGCUAAAAUGGUCCUCACCCAACCCGUCCACUAUUUCUCCUCCCAGCCACAGACUAGUCUGCUUUCAUUGGAAGGAGAAAAUCUCCAUAUCAAAAUGGAUAUUAGAUCUGCUUCUUUGUGAAGUUAAGGUCAUGCAAAUCCUCCUUGAUCCCCAUUUCCCCCAACCCUUGUCUCCUCUUGGUUCCUUUUCCCCUCCCAAUUCUUUCUCACCCCUAUUCCAAGCCAUUUUCCUCCUCUUUUGAGGUGGCAUCUUAUACACCGUGAGAGGUGUUUUGUGCAUUGAGAUGUGCCCCCCCUUUCUGUGUAGUUCCUCCCCCAAUGACUGCAUCUGGUUGAUGACCAGCUUCCUUUAAAACAUUCUCCACCUGUGCAAUGGUAGAAACAGCCUUUUAAAUGAAGUAUGAGACUUGCAGGUUCUCCCGUUAAGUCUGCCAUCAUUUUCAAUUUGCCUGUAGCAAACCAACUGGGGCCAUGAUCAAGCGAAUUUGGUCUCUGUGAAAACAUGUUUCCAUGUGCAUAGCUGACGUGUCCCUUUAGGUAAAGGGACCCCCAACCAUUAGGUCCAGUCGUGGCCGACUCUGAGGUUGCGGCGCUCAUCUCGCUUUAUUGGCGGAGGGAGCCGGUGUACAGUUUCCGGGUCAUGUGGCCAGCAUGACUAAGCCGCUUCUGGCAAACCAGAGCAGUGCACAGAAACGCUGUUUACCUUCCCACCAGAGCGGUACCUAUUUAUCUACUUGCACUUUGACGUGCUUUCGAACUGCUAGGUUGGCAGGAGCAGGGACCGAGCAACGGGAGCUCACCCCGUCGCGGGGAUUCGAACCGCUGACCUUCUGAUUGGCAAGUCCUAGGCUCUGUGGUUUAACCCACAGCGCCACCCACAUCCCUUGCACACCUCAUAUUUCACAAGUGCUUGAACAUGAGUAGUUCACAUGUGGUCAUCUGAAUCCUGGGCUGGGUCUAUGUCUUCAUGUAUUUUAGUCCCUUAAAAUGGUUUUUGAAACUAUACAGAUGGUUCACAAAGAACUCCUUUCAUUUUUGUGGAUAGAAAUGAUAAUCUGUAUGACUUAACUUUUGUUUGUUAAAGAAGUCUUUGGAGAAUAUUGGGACAUAGAUGCAUAUAGCAGUGUGGCAAUAGUUUGUUUGUUAUUUAAAAAAAACAAGUAGAUGACUAAUGUUAAGAUGUCUUUAAAAGUUCAUAGUCUUUCAGUGAAGCCUAACAUUUCUUACCUGGCACUUUUUUCUCUCGCAGAGAGGACAAACGCAGUCUCCACCACCACCAAAGCCUCCAUCCCCAAGUUUUGAAUUGGGACUGUCCAGUUUCCCUCCAUUGCCUGGAGCUGCUGGGAAUCUAAAGACUGAAGACUUGUUUGAAAACAGACUAUCAAAUGUGAUAGUAGGAGGAACAUCGAAAGAAAGAGUGAGUAUGCAGUUGAACUGGGCAGGGGAUCUGCAAAUGAGGGCAUCCCCCCCCUAGCAAUUGCCUUUUUUCUGCUUUGGGAAGCCUGCCUUGUGCUGUGAAUCGAUCUGCGAUACUUGUGAAACAUUUGUCAGAAAAGAGUUAAUGCUAGGUUGCAAAUUCAUCUGAAGCGGGGCUGGCUUUUUAAAUUGGAUUUCAGUAAACUGAUGUAGCUGAGUAACAGACAGAUUUCUUAAACAAACCUACAUCUGCUUGUGGAACUGGUCCAAAGAGGUUCGUAUCAGUGGCCAGAUGAACUUGGCAGUGACACAGAACCCUUAGUAUCAUAGAUUACGAGUUGGAAGGGACCUGAGGGUCAGCUAGUCCACCUCCCUGCAAUGCAGGAAUCUCAACAAGUGGUCCCCCAUCCAAUUUGAAACCACACUGGACUCUGCUUAGCUUUGCAAAUCUGCCAGCAGUUUUAUUGCUGCAGGACCCUCUUAUUGAUGAUCAAAGAAAAUCUGGAAGGAAAAGGGUGCUGUUUCAAGAUAUGGUUGUCCUUUCCCAGAUGCAAAGCUUAUAACAACCAUCUGUAAAGGUGCCACCUUCUACUUAAUAAGAUGAAUAGUCAACCUUGCCUCAGUUUUAAUACCCAAACAGACUUCUGAACGGUUUAGAAGCAUAAAAGCCAACUACACAAAUAUACAUCCAGAAUUAAAAUACAGUACUAUCAUCACUGACAAGGAGCUCUCCAGAGUGUUUGGUCAAAGGUUCUCUUGGACCUCUAGUGAGAGAUGGCAUCGAAUGAACAUGAGACCUUUUCACUUGUUGCAGAAAUGACACCUGGCACAAAAAAGUAGCAGUGUGGGAUUUUCCUGUUUGUGGUGCCAGCCAGUCAUGCCCUCUUACAGCAUGCUCUAUUCCAUAACACACACACCCCAGAUAUUUUGAAACCCCAAACCCUCCCCCCCCCCACUGUAAACUUUGGAGUUCCCUCAGUCUCUGCUCCCUCUUGUUCAUUCUGCCUGCAUAAGGAUCCACACUCAGAGAAUUGAAUUUCUCUUAGUAUACACGAUGGCUUGUGCUGGUCUACUCAUCUUUAGCCACUACCAAGCGCUGCAGUUUAUUCGAUACUCCUGCUUGGAAUAAAAGGCUUGGGUGCAAGCAGCCCUGUGCAGAGUCCUGCCUGCUGAAUAAAGCAUUCUCACUAAUCCCUUAAAACCACUGCUGAGGGUUAUGGGUCAUUGUGUGGUGUGGCACAGAUGAAAUCAGCAUACAAAAGGCCAGCAUACAACCAACUUGUUCUGCCAGCACAAGCAUUUAUGCUCAUGCAACAGAACUUUCCUCCCUUCUUCCUCCUGCAUGCACCUGCACCCUCUCCAAAUCUGCGCUGGGAUUGGAGGGUUGGGGGAAGGCCAGAUUUAGAGGGCGUUUGUUCAAACAAGCAGUGUUCUGCAUCCAAACCAAACAAUUCCUAAACUUGUUUUGAGUUCUCUGGAGCUAUUGCUCUAGGUCAGUGGUUCUCAAACUUCUUUCGCUGGGCCACACUUUCAGAAUAAAAAUUUGCUCACGCCACACCAUUUUUUUAUUGAUAAGGAAUACAUUGGAAAACAAAAAGGAACCACUCCUAGCAAUGCUUGAUUUAUAACAGAACACAGCUGCUUUAUAAUAUGAUCAUGGGGCAUCCAGAAAAUAUAAAACAAUGCAGCGACAUAAGAACAUGAAUCAUUCCCACACACUUGAUGCUCUUGCUCUCUUUUUGAAAAGAUAUCUAUCGACACUCUGGAAAUAAAAGUAUUUUGAUACGAUACUAUACUACACUGAAAUGUUUAACUGUUUCUUGGGCUCUGUUGGAAUCUUUUUUCCAAGUCUGCUUCUAUAAAGGCUUUGAGUGUAUGUUGCCUUGAGUUGAAAUGCAUUUGAAAUGACGCAAAAUUCGUUUUCUUCAGAACCUCAGCGCGACUACUAGUACAAACACUAUUCCAUCAGGAGUUCCUCGAGAGCCUUUGUUGCCAGUUUCUUCUCCUCUACCCGGGACGUUUGAACGGUCUCCUUCCCCAUCCCAGCCUCCUGAGUAAGGACUUAAUUAUACAUGGCUUUAAAUAUACUGCUCUGAAUCAACAGUUUGCAUUUUCCAUCAUCAAAAGGUUAGGUGUGACACUGUGUGAAUAGCUCUUGAAAAAUUCAGUUCAAUAACACCCCAUGUGUGACCCACAGCAGUAGUCUAGAAUUUACUUUUAAUCUUGCAUGCUCAAACACUAACUUUAAGCCUGACUCUCAAAAAGGAGAAAAAGCAUCAUUUGCAUGCAUCCAAAGUGGGAGGAGCGAAUGAUCAUUGGUUCCCUACAGCAAAAGACAGGAAUAGAGGCUUCUGCAUGUUGACUUUAGUGUGCUGAACGCAAAGUUGUUCAUUACAUUCACAUCUUGCUUUGUACUACUUUGCAGUGACUCCAAAGUCAUGGACAAGCAGCAGAGAGAGACCCCAAAUAUUGAAAGACUUUCUUCUGUACUCACUACCGCUUGCAAAUCAGUACAAGUCAAUGGGGCUGCUGUAGCAGUAAGUGCAUUUGACAUUCAUUAAGGCAUUCUCUGUUUAAUUAGUACCUUCUGUCCUCAGCUAUUAAAUGAUGGAGGAGUUAUUUACUGCAAUAAAAAAAAUCAAGAAAAUUCCAAAUGACUUGGCUUCCUGAGAACAAAGAAGUUGAGGGGAGGUGGGGUAGAGAAAAGGAGAGCUAGAAAUCUUCUCUGCUUUCCUGGUGCUACCUACUUUCUUGGCAUUACUUGAUGGCUCUCAUGGCCACCAGGUGGUGAGAACUUCCAUGAUCAGUUGAAGUGCCCCAAAAUAUGCCAUGUCCUCAGCAGCCACAAUACUGCUUAGUGAGCUGCCUUUCUAAUCAUUGCGGACACACGUUUGUUGCACUACAGGUCUCACCUAAUUUGUUUAAGACACUUAUUCCUGUCCUGAGAAGUUGGGAGCUCCAAGGCUGCUGAUGGGCAAAAUUUUAAAAUCAUAAUAAAUGGCCAACGGCUUAAAUGGAAAUGAAUAAAAUUAAGAAAACAUGAAACGGCAAAAGGAGAAUGACACAAUAAACUGAAUCAUGAUGAAAAGAAAAAUGCCCGUUCUUUAUGCCAAAUAGAUAAAUGGAACAGAAUAAUUGUUGCCAGAUGUCUGAACAUCCAGCAUAAAUGUUGGAUUUGAAAGUUGUUGCAUGCUAGGAAUCAGGAAUCCACAGUUUCUGUCUCGUGUCAUCCAUGCCUUUUCAGCUCUCCCGUGUGUCCUCCCCCACCUGCCCUGUUCUCCCAAGCAGUUGUCCCAAAGUCUGCAUGUGCAUCUCUACUAUGUCAGUCUGCUUGCCCCUUAUGCGUCAACCAUUUGAGCUGUUCCAACUCCCGUUGAGACAAAUGUGCUUUCCCAAGUUCUUAAACGGCAGCUCUUGUUGGUAAAAUGAAAAUUCUAAGCACAGCUUCCUUCCCAAAUCUUGGAGUGUGACUGAGACACACUUUGGUAGCCACGCCGUUCCCCUUGAUCGGUCUUACCUUUGCUGCCCCAAAUAAAUGUCGCUGUUGUGGUAUAGCUCUGUCCUGUGCUUUUGAUCACGCAGGAGUUGCGAAAACCUAGUUACGCAGAGAUCUGUCAGAGGACAACCAAGGACCCGUCACCCGUGCAGCCCCCAAAAGAACAGAAGCCAAACACUGUCACCUGUGGGAAAGAUGAAAGGAAACCCACAGAAACACUAGAGAGAAGCAAAGAACCCCCUCCUGUGAAGUCCAAUCCAGGACAGCCCAAAGACCAGAGGAGACAGCCGUCAGGGCGCAAGUCCCCACCUCCAGCCGUUGGGAAACGUCUGAUGAAAGAACAGAGCACCCCUCCCAAAUCUCCUCAGUGAAACUAGUGCUUAGGAGGAGGUUUUAAAAGUUCUCACCAUGAAGUAAACCCAUGUUGCCACUCAGAGUACAAAGAAUGAGUUGCUGGUUAGGAGCUUGCAGUGCGUAUUAUGUAUGUGAAAUGCCUGCAAGGUAAUUAUUUUUUGUUUCUUUGUAAAUCAGAUUGUUCCUCCAAUUCUCUUGCUCUCCACCCCCCCCCCACCAAAUUCCCCUUGAGCAAAUGGUCUACUCUGUCAGGGUUUAAUUAAUCUAAACCUUACAUUUAGGUUGGUGCUGAACUGGAGGUGAUGCCUAAAAUCCUUUUCUUUUCCCUAAAGGGAAGACGUAUUCAUCCGGGGGUGGGGGGGGGGGGAGAUCAAUUUUUUUUAUUAAGCCUCCAUGUGGCUGUGUGAAUACAAGCUCUAUCUAAUGAGUUAUUUUCCUAAUCUAUUAAGCAGAAUAAUGCUGCUGUAGUUUUUAAAUAACUGGUCUGUAAGUACAUAUCUUUAAAAAAAAAAACUCCAGAAGACUAGUAACAGCAGCAAAUAUUUUGAGUGCAAAGAAAAGCAGGUGUUUUAUAAGCAGUAAGACAAGUUUGAUGUUCGGUUGUUUUUUUUCUUUUUUAAAAUUUUGGCUGCUGUAGCACAUCAAAUAAAUUACACUUUUAAGGUUUCAAAAUACGUACAAUUCUAAUGUUUUAAAUUUCAACCAUUUUUCCCCCCUUGACGAAAUGUGAACCUGAUAAAGAUCACCUUCUCUAAAAGGUUUUGUUUUGAUGGACUUGCAAGCAAGUAACCAGCUUCUCAAUCCAGAAUAAAAUGGUUUCUUGAAUUUUCAGGAAAAGAGAAAACAAAGCACAUUGUGAAUAAACAAUAAUAAUAAUAAUAAUAAAGUACAUAAGCCCUUGCAAAAUGGCAGGUGCCUGCUAAUGGCCGUUUUUCACAAGAUAGCACAAUAGCACUCUUGUGAGGAUGAUCUCAAUUCCCCCCCCCCCCAAGCCGGAGUAAAUUAAUUUUGAGUCACUACUGUCCUUACUGGUUUACCCCUGUGCUCUGUGUAGGUUUUUAAAUCUAUACUCAAAGUGCUCUUUGAAAGAGUUCAUAUCUUAAUCGGCCUAAGUGCUGACACCUUUCUAUACCUGCAUACAUUGGCAUAUGGAUUUAAUUAUUAUUUUUCAGUCCAUGGGAUAAUGGAGUUCUCUCUCUUUUUUUGCGUGUGCAUGUAUGGUAAAGGAAGAGGUCCCUGUUUCUGUCUGGAGUGAGCUUUGUCACACUUACUUACUUUUAGAAGUGGCAUGCUUUCUGAAGGACAAGGAUGCACUAAAUUAAUGAGUUUCUAAUAAAGUUGACUAUAAAUUAUUUUUGUUUUUAAAUGCCUAAAGUUUUUCUUUGAGUGUUUAAGCAGCAGAUGGUUCGGAUGAAAAUGUUUUCCUGCUGAAUAGUUUAUUCCACACAAAAAAGGAGGUUUAUUUAAACAACUGAUUUUUUAAAAGAAUUAUUUCCAUCCAAUAUUUAAAGACUUGAAUUUUAUUUAAACUUGAAAAUGACUUUGCCUUAACUUUUGUAUAAGACAGCUUAUAGUUACUGAAGUCUGACCCUCUCAUGGGUUAGUGUGGGUGGCAUAUACAGAAUUACUCAGUUACAGUAUGUAUGUAUUGUCACUGGUCUUACUGGGUAAACACACUGUAGUACAGGAAGUAGCGGCAGUUUUUUGUAAUAUACCUUAAAAGAUCUUAAGCAGUUGAUCUUUUUCAAAAUGUUGAAAAUCUGUAAAUGGAAAUAGUCAAUACUGUAUUAAAUAUGUGCACUUGGAAGUGUGUGCUUUUGCUUGUACAGGUGUAAAUAAUCAGAACAUAUAAAAAGGUACCAUUAAAAAACUGAUAAAAAUUAUUGAUAUAUUAUAAAUGUUGCUGUUGAGCUGGAUGUAGAUAAACUAAAUGUUGUGGUUUGAAUAUUACUUUAAUUUGUUUUUUCCUUGUUUCUUUUCCUUUAUUCUGGUGUGCUGAGCUGAUUCUGCCUCUUCGCUGCAAAAGGGAAUUGGAGAAAGUCUGUCUUAAAAGCCCUGACAUUUUAAAAACUCUCUGGAAAGUGUGUAUUUUGACCAGUAUGAAACAUGGUUAUGCAAUGUAAUUUUCAACUCUGACUUACAAGCUGCGAUUAUUAUUUUUUUAAAAGAAUCGGAAUUGGAAAGAAAUGACAUUGCCACAAUUACACAGCCCCAACGUUUACUCAACCACUCUUAAGGCCAAAAUAUUAGCAAGUACAUAUCUCGGGAUUUGUUUCCUCAUAAAACACGUAGGGCAGUUGAAUUCUUGACAUAGGUUGCUGCUAUUUUAAUUGUCCUCUUAAAAGAAUAAUAAAAAAAACAAACCAGCCUGCUUUUUGCACUGCAGAAUUUAAAAUAAGCAAGCUGGGAUCUGUUUGUUCCUUCCUGAAAAGGCACACUUUGAGAAUUCAAAAUCAACAAACUGGGACUGUUGUUGGGUUUUAAUGUUUAUCCCUUACCCAAUGAGCAGUGGGGAAACGGCAGCUAGAUUGGGGUAUGGUUUGGGCCAAUGAUAAGAUUCCUUUGUUUGCCUGUUGAAAGCAUGAAGGAAACAGCUGCAGAUGAAGUGGGAAGUGGCUGCAACGAGUGUGUGGAGCUAAUCAUUACAGCCAGCUGAAUAUAUGCAGACCAGCAGGUGGAUUUUUACUGUUCUCAUGCAUUCGGCUGCCACUUGUGCUAGGAUAAUACACUGUAAUUCUCACACCAAUAACAGUCUGUGUAAAAGAGUUUAAAACUUUACUGCAAUAGCUUUAUAAACAAUAAAUAAAUAAAAAGCAAAAAGUGUCAUGCCAAAUAACUUCUCCAAUCACUUUAAUACUUUCCCAGUCAGACUGUAUGGGGCUGCUGGAACAGAAGUUCAUAUCCCACAGAGUGUUUUACAUACAGCUAUUGAGUUCUGCUAAUUUUUAUUUUAUUUUGAAAUUUUAAAACCUCCCCCGAAAGCUGAGAUUCUGGUUAGAAUGAUCAGGCUGGGCCCAUUACAAUUGGACUCCUUCUCCACCCAACCACCAAUCCUAAUUAGUAGGAUUCCUUUGGUGCUCGUGUAUAAAGACAGCUUUUCCUGAGGCUGUCUGUUCAAGAAAUGUAUUUAAAGCUAGAGAUUUUUGCUUCUGGAGGGGGGGGGGGAGAAAUUACAAUAAUUUUCCACCCAGCUGCCCCACCUCAAUUUUACAUACUGUCACACAAAAAACAAAACUUGUCAGGCUCAUUUAUUUUUUAUUUUUUUGCUUUUUAUUUUUGAUUUUUGCUGCCUCUUAGCUAAACACACAUAACCAGUGGGCAACAGGAUGCCCUUACUUGUGAGUGUGAUGCAGUGUAUCAUGAACAACCACUGACUGUAGGGGUCUUCACCAGCCUCUGUAUCCCUUUCAGCUUGCUGCAGCCCUUAGGUAUUGUGUAGCCUGUUACACUGAUAGCAGCAGACAAUCGAAGACACACCUGGCGAGGGCAGCAGCUGCCAAGUCACAAAACAGGAGGUGUAAAAUGGAGGCCUUUUUUUCCCCCCCUGAGGGUGUUUGUUUUUGUUCUUCUUCCAUUUAAGACUGGAAUCAAGCUUACAUGUAAACUAUUGGUAAUUUAAGUUUCCUUUUGUGUCAUAAAAUGUACAACUGUCUAAAACUGUAGGUUAUGAAAAAAAUAAAGAUUUAGGCACUGUUGAAUUUCUCUUUUUUUAAAUUAAACUUCUUACAACAGUAUUUUUCCACUUCCUUUGUCUUUGCACCCACUCGUGUGUAGUUGUCGUCUUGCUGCUUCAGAGACACAUGCCAGGAGUUCCUUUGCUGCAGCUGUAACGUUUCUGCGAGUUAAUGCGCUUGCAGAGCACUAAAUGCUACACCCAAAAAAACUGGACAUCUUGCCCAUUUGUGCAAGGAGUUUGCUGCUUCGUGUCUAAGCUUUUCGACCAAAAGUCCAUUGCGGGUUCAUAUUUGGCAGAUUGUGAGAGCAAAGUUUUGGGUGGUGGGUUUCUGUUUUGCUUUAAAUAAAACCUUGUGUAUGAAUUUUGGAUUGAAAUGCGCUACGUGACUCUGAUUUUCCACAAACCUCUCAAAUAUUGAUCAGUAGCAUUUUGCUUAUGCCUCAGUUGUAUUUGAUGCCUCUCCAGUAUGAAUGGAUUUUUCGGUGAUACAUGCUGCGGUUGAACUACACAUAACUCUUCUAGAGCUGAGCGCCAUCAGUUAAUCCUAACCAUGGGUGCUGCUCUAACCAUCCAUAAGCAAGAUGUACACAUUUUCUGGAGCACUUCUGAGCAUUAUUCUUAUUUUCUGCCCUCCACCUUG